GACUUCGCUUGAGGUUUAGGAAACUACAAUCGGCAACAAAAUUAUUGGGGCAUUUUACUCAACUAGUGUAAUAAGUACAGAGAAGAAAAGAAUCUACCUCCCUCCCCACUCCCCUUCAUUCAAAGUUGCAGUUUUUGUUGUUUUCUAUAGGUAGCUUGAACAGCAGCACAACAUUGCAUGGAGGGGAUGGGGGAGGGAAAGCUUUAUUUCCCCUUUAGAAGUCAGUAAAGCAUCAGCUUUAGGGCAAAGUGUCUCAACUACAUUGUAAUUUUGUCGCCGAUUGUUGCUCUAGAUUGUAGCAAUACACACUUACCCCCACUUAAGAAAAGGAAAAGAAAAAUAGAGCAGUUUAUUGAAUGUUGAUUAAUUAUUCAAAAAUCGUAAUUGAAUAUGAUUUAUGCGCAAAUGUUCUUUUUGCUUACUCUUAUGAAUGGAUCUCUGCACUAUUGGUUGCCGUUUCAUGCAAAUGAAUGCAUAUUUUCUCAUAAUGAACAGCAAAAGGUGUAAUUCUCAUAAACUUUUCUUUUUGAUGAUGCAUGGAUAUUGUUAGGAGAAAAUUAAUGUUAGUGACUAUUGCUACUUAUGGCAAAAUUUGUUGUAUCCCGCUGUGCAUUUUCUUUUUUGGGGGUUUUUGUGUUCCCUCAAUCAUCUUAGCGGACCUCUUAGGAAAUACAUAUUUACUUGCAGAUUGGUGGAUCUCCAUCUGUUUUGUUUGUUUCCUGCUACAAGGCUUGUUGCUUUCUGACAGGACGUCCUGUUUUGGGCAAUAAUCGACUAGUUAAGUUUGCUUCGCAGAUUUUUAUAGUCUUUCUCAUUCUUGUCACUUGCAAGAAUAAAGCAAUGUUUGCCUCCUUCCUUUGACAAAAAAUCCAUUCACCAUUGCGAUUUCCUUCGCUAUUCUUGAGCAGUCAGAGUCAUUCUCAGCCAAGCUGGGCGAACAUGUUACAUUGUGAUUUGCAUUAACCUCGCCUUCGCUAAAAUGAUUGAUGGAACAGAAAAACCCAAAAUCCGUUUUAAGUUUGCAAAACGCGCAGCGCAAUACAACAAAUUACCCUGUAAAGGUUAAUAGUCUAUGUCCAAGGCUGUGGUCUAACGGCGCCCGGUCGCCUGAAGUGACUAACAUUUAGCUUCGGGCGACUGAAAAAAAGUUCCCGGUCGUCCGGCCGGGCACUCUUGCUUCUGGUGCAGUGUUCAGUCAAGCGGGCAGAAAAAUUUAACAUCCUAGUGUUGGCUUAUUGAGUCAGAGUUUUCUAAACCGUACAGAAAAUGUUUUUACGAAUGUUGUACAAAAAAAAAAGGGGACACGUCGAUGUUUAAAGGUCGUUCUGCAUGAUUUCACAUGUAACAUAACCAUCACUUUGAACGUGACAAGCGGCACGGAUUUCGAUUUCUACCGCUUCUUAAAACAGUUUUAAAAUUUUUUCUUUCAGAUAGAAUGGUUCAUUAUGUACAGUUUUUAGGAGAAACUGUCAAUACUUUUCUGACAGACGUAGAGCGCGGCUGGCAAUGCGGAAUAAUUUAUUUUUAUAUAAAACGGAUGUUGCUGUAUUGACCAGUAUGCAAAUAUAAUGUUUUUACGGUUUUUGGCUGCUUUGUCUGCUCGGCUAAAACAUAACUUAUGAUUGUUUUCUUACCUUUACAUACGAUAACGAAAUAUAAAAAGAAAAGAUAUGAUCGCUCUGAUCGUUUUUAUUGUUGUUUUAGAACCAGGGCAGUUCCACGUUGUCUUGGCAUUUUUCGCAUCGAAAACUAAAUUCGAAUGCAUGCAUAUAUAGGCUAAAUUUAGCGGCCAAAAAAAAAAAUAAAAACACGGAAAGAAGAGCUGGUUUACGCUUCGACCGUAUCCACGAAAAGCUCAAUUAUCCUAAAAGAUUCACUGAUAAUAUAGAAAAGAAAAUUAAAGAUGGCUUAUUUUUUAUUAAAACAAUAGAUUUGGGGCCAAGGUGGUCACACGGAAUUUUUCACGGGAACUUGAGUUCGAUCUGGCGCGUAUAUUUCAUGCCGCAUUGAUUCACCCUUUGAAAAUUUAUUUUCAAGUUUAGUAUUACUGGUAAAAAGCACAGUUUUCCUAUGUUUUACCCAAAGAUCUUAAUGAAGUUUACGUAAACCUGCUGAAAUUUUUUACUUUUCCCUCUUUAAAACCUAAACAAUUCGACGGCAUUGCUCACGUUUCUGGUUUUAAAUCUAAAUGGCAUGAAAACUUUGAUGGGUUUCAUAAGACAACAUGCGGGUUUUUGUGGAACCCAAAAGCUAAAAUUACCGAGUUUGGUGAUCAGCAGGCCAGUAAGAUUCAUGUGCGUACAAAACUUCCUCAUUACUCGGGCACCCCAGCUGGAAUGCUUGGGAGCCCGAAGGGCUCCCCGAAAUUUUUAUUCGGGCGACCAACUUUGAGGUCUGGGCACCUUAACUAAAAUGCUUGUGAGCCCGAAGGGCUCCUUGAAAUUUUCCUUAGAGCACAGCCUUGAUGUCUAUGUCUAAAUGUUCUUGAAUAACCGCCAUGAAGAUUUUCAAAAACUGAAAUGUUUUUGCAAGCCUUUCAAAAGUUUUCACAAAACGUACAGCAAAAAAUAGGGAGACGUAGAUAACGCUGAAUAAACGAUAAAAUAAACCUCUGAGUGUACCAUUCAUGUUUGUAGCAAGAUAGAAACCACUACAAACUUGCAGAAUUAAAAAUAAAAUACUUUUUGUCCUGUGUAAAUGAAAUUUCUUGCUUUUCUAUGCAUCACCACUUUGUAUCAUUUUACUACAUGCAAUAGUGGCCUAACAUUUCUAUUGGUGGGGAAAAGGUCUUGAUUUUAUUAUUGACGGUUUUUCUAAGACUAUUAAAUUCAUUUGAAGCCAUUUUCAGACAAAAAACUUCAACUACACUGCAGCAAGACACGUGCUUGUUUGUUUACCUUUUAUUGGCAGAAAAAUUUUUUCCUAUGGCUGACAACCAAACGUUUUCUUUUUUUGUUUCAAAAGUGAAGAAUGAGUAGGGAAUUUUGUUGUUCAUUUAACGGAAGGUAGCCUGAGAAUCAUGAUUUUUAUGCAUCCGUUCGGGCUUCUUGUUUCAAAUUUUGGUCGCCCAUAAGUAAAUAAUUAUUAUAGGAGCCUGUGGCGACCAGGCCCCCAUUAGGCAGUAGCCUUGACACUGCUUAGUGUAAAGCAUGUAAAUACAUACCUUGACAAGUAUAAAAACAGUUUUGAUUGUUCAAAAGUUAGACUUCAUACAAAAAUACUGAGUCAAUUUUCCAAACUUUAAGAUAAAAAACCUUUCGGUGGCCCCAUUUUAUGAACUUUGCAUAUGCACUUGUACAUGCGAGUGCUCUUGGCUGUACCGUUUGUUGUUUUUGUGAAUGGUUGAUUUUCUUUUUCUUGAGAAAUAAAUCGUGUCUCAAAAUCCGUUCAAGUAAUAAAUAUAAAAGAUGCUUGUUUCUCGAAACUCAAGACUCAAUGUUUGCAUUUUGAAACUCAAUCUGUUGGAGUUUGAAGUAUUCUUCUGUUUUCAUCUCAUCAUGCAAUGCUCAUUAGCGUUGUGUAAUGAGACAAAAUUGUCUGCGUUUCAAGGAGAGAGAAUGAAGUUUCGAGGAAGAGGUCAGGAUUGUCAACUUUAGAUACAGACACUAUCAAUAUGGUCAUUCUGAUGAACUAAUUAAAACUAGGUUUAGGUACUCUGGCUGUAGGGGUCUGUUCUUGAAAUGCAAUAAAGCAAAUAAUAUCUCUAGUACAGGAAAAAAGAGAUUGGCCCUUGAAUGUUAGUUGAUCCUUUACUACCGUAUGCUACUAUUUGUGCCCUUCAGUUUGAUAAAUAAUAACUUUGAAGAUUAUCAAUUAACAGAUUAGUGCACCGUGAGCUAGAAGUGUGACAUAUUAAUAAAGUUACUGUUUUUUUUAAUGGGCCACUAGAAAUGUAGCUUUUUAUUUUAGGAGCCCAAAGGGCUCCCAAAAAUUCUCUUAGGCAGCAGCCUUUCCUAAGGUAAAUGCAAAUGUUCCCUCGCACUUCCUAACUAUUGGUUACUGCUACAACCCCGGACAAAACUGUUGAGACAAUUCCAUCUAUUUUCUAACUUUUGCGCCCUACUCCCGUCUCCCCUAAACACAAAAAGUAAACCCCCUCUCCACCCCCUAUUCAAAGUUGCCUUGGUCUAAAAACCAACGUGUAUAAUUGCCAUGCUAUCCUAAACAACUUUGGAUAAGGGAAGGGGGGAAAUCGGGCAUUCAUUUGGCGGCGGUUUCAGUUUUUGCCGGGAUGACAGGAAAAAAUAGGCAUUUUCGCGAUUUGUCUCAACAGGUUUUGUCCGGGGUUGUCUGCGGACUGUUUUCGGUAUUCUUUAACUUUCAUAGCAAUUACCUCAAGUUAUAGUCCUCUCUUUUGGUCAAAUUGAUAAAAGCCAUUGUUUCAGCAUACUUUUUUUUUCUUUUGAAUGCGAAAUAAAAUUUUUACAGUAAAAAUUGAAGUUAUAACACUCUGAUUACAUGACCUGCCAAAUGACAUUUACUCUGUGACGUUACCAUGGGCAUGACUUUCAACGGCUUACGUGUCCGUAGACGCUUUGCCUGCUCAAAUGAUGACAUUGAUAUGUAAUCGCCAGACAAAAUGGAUCUCUCGAGAACUUCCGAUAGUGACGAAUCAUUUUCAGGAGGCUCGGAAAUAUCGCAUGAAUCACUAGGUGAGAGGAAGGUUAGUGCGCUUAUCUGGUCACUUACAGUCACGCGAAUUUGGCUCAUUUUUCCAUCCCGCGAGUAAUUUGCCUUAGCAGUGAUUACGUCGUUCGCCAAGUGUAGUGCAAAGAUCCUACACUUAAUAGGAGAACAUUGCGUCAGUUACAGCAAAUGUGGAAUUGUGUACGAACGGGAAUGUGGUAUGAUGGAUCUCUCAUUUCUCCACGCAGAUCCCGCGGGAACAAUAACGGGAAAUCCCUUGAUGUGUAAGGUGCUUCGAUGAGCUUGCUAUGCAACAAAAACGGAGUAGUUUUUCUCGCAGACGGUUAACUUAACGAAUAAAGUACCGCAGAGGAAAGAAACAUCGGUUAACGACGGUUAACAACGGUUAACAACUUUUCUGAAGAAAAACAACAGUUAGACUAUCAGUUUCCUUUAAUAUAUUCUGUUAACCGCUGUUAACCGUUGUUAACCGUUGGAAUAAACAUGUGCGUGCCUGUUAAUCGUUUAUUUCAAGCGUUUACGGUGCUUUCAAGCAUUUUCCGUAGUAUAUAGAACCUUUUUGUUGAUUUUCAAGCAUUAAAAAGACCUUUUUACUCAAGGGAAAACUUUUUGACACUGGUGUAAUUGUCAUGAAAUGCGCUGUUUUUUGCCACAAAAGAACUGCCAUCGCGUGACAACAUGUUUUCGCUGUAUUUGUGAUCAAAGAGGCAUUGCUUUCCCUACACAUCCUAUUUCUACCCAUUUUGGAAGUUCUUCAUUAAUAUUUGUUCUUUUGGCCUUGGUUGUCAUAGAAGAAUUAACGGUUUUAUCGGCAUGGAUUCCAUUAUUUUGUCAAGUAGAUAAUCUGGUAUAUAUGUUGUAAAUUGUUCUAAUUACACACUCAGUAAACGCGGGUAUUGUUAACUCGGUGAAGCUUACUUUUCCAGUUCUACUCUAACUACAUGGAGAAAGUUGUCACUGCAACUAAGUAUCACUACCUCUAAGGGUUAUUUUUAACUGCUCCGCCGCAUUCUUGAGUCCUCGUGCAUGACCUGCACACCACGCACUAUUAUUUUUGAACAGGACAGUUGUGCUGCGCAAAUAUAAUAAAUACCCAGUCUUAUCUAAUUUAUUCGACAUGUAAGCACAAUUAACGUUGGUAAAAAGGCCGGAGGUAAGGCUCCUAUUAAGAUAUCAUACUUAUGACACACAGUAACUCCUUAACCGUGGCCACCAACCACAAUUAAUUUCAAUACUUUUUCUGUAAAGAGCAUGAUUUCUGUCUCAUUUAGGUAUAAGGUCUCUAAUUUAUGGCUAAAUUUCUAAGUGCAUAAUUAAUGCGUCCUAAUUCUUUUUAUGACACCUUCUUUCGUAGUCACAAAGCUUUAGACAAGUACAACAUCUGUGCAAAAAAUCAAUACCCUCCGACCUUACAUCGCGAAGUUACAGCGAUUUGAACAACUGGCCUUCACAGACAACCCCGGACAAAACUGUUGAGACAAUUCCAUCUAUUUUCUAACUUUUGCGCCCUACUCCCGUCUCCCCUAAACACAAAAAGUAAACCCCCUCCCCACCCCCUAUUCAAAGUUGCCUUGGUCUAAAAACCAACGUGUAUAAUUGCCAUGCUAUCCUAAACAACUUUGGAUAAGGGAAGGGGGGAAAUCGGGCAUUCAUUUGGCGGCGGUUUCAGUUUUUGCCGGGAUGACAGGAAAAAAUAGGCAUUUUCGCGAUUUGUCUCAACAGGUUUUGUCCGGGGUUGUAGUUAUUGCAGUUCUUAAUUUAAUUCUGGUUUGAGAUAAAUGUGUUUCAAACUGGCAAAACCAGUGGUUUCAUAGCUGAUCGUGUCCCUUAAACUAAUUUAUAUAAUGACCAAAAUCAGUUUUAAAAAAAAAUUGAUAUUAUUUACUCUUUUUAAGUGUGACUUGAAAUCACAUUCAUUAUUUUAGCUAAAAUAUGAACCCCUCUUUCUUGGAAAAAUGGCCACCUACAGAACAACACCAAGGGUGGCCACUGGACUCUUACAAAGAGUAAGAGAAUAAGCCAAUUCCUAGAAUAAAUCCUAGUACUCUCCAGGGAGGAUUUGUAGUAAUACAGGUUUCACUAUAUUGUCUGUAUGAAUGCUGUAUGAUGAACCUUAAUUACCAUUAUUUUAAAAGUGUGUUAUUUUACCAACCACAAGCAUUUCUCAGAUCCAAAUACAAAGUCAACAAAUAAUCAACUGCCCCAUGUUGUCAGUUGAUGGAUUCUCUAGUUUGAAGGGUUUAUGUAGAAUUUUAGGUAUGUAAUCAGCUGGUUUAUUGUGUGGAACCACUUUUGCAUGAGCCGGUGUCUUAAAACUUUUCUAAUUUUCCAUGUGUCCCUGGCAACACCACCUUUAAACUACUCACUUCAGGCCUCUCACCGCCAGGCUGGAGAAGUUAUGCUGGCAGCAACAAAACAAAUAGUGUGUAUUUACCUAAUUAUGGUUCUUCAUCUUUCCAAAGGUAUCCUAACUGUAAAACCUUUAAAUCAGAGCAACCUCAAUGUCCUUUGAGUGUCAGCAGUGUGGCAAGUGUUUUAACAAUGCAGGACACUUGAUGGCUCAUAAAAGAUUCCACACUGGGGAAAAGCCAUAUGAAUGUAAACAGUGUGGCAAGUGUUUUAGACAAGCAGGAGACCUAAGGAGGCAUGAAAGAGUUCACACUGGGGAAAAGCCUUAUGGAUGUAAACAGUGUGGUAAGUGUUUUAGUGAAGCAGGAAACCUAAGGACUCAUAAAAGAGUUCACACUGGGGAAAAGCCUUAUGAAUGUAAACAGUGUGGCAAGUGUUUUAGUGAAGCAGGAAACCUAAGGACUCAUGAAAGAGUUCACACUGGGGAAAAGCCUUAUGAAUGUAAACAGUGUGGCAAGUGUUUUAGCAAAGCAGGAAGCUUAAAGACUCAUGAAAGAAUUCACACUGGGGAAAAGCCUUAUGAAUGUAAACAGUGUGGCAAGUGUUUUAGCGAAGCAGGAAACCUAAGGAGACAUGAAAGAGUUCACACUGGGGAAAAGCCUUAUGAAUGUAAACAGUGUGGCAAGUGUUUUAGUGUAGCAGGAAGCCUAAGGAGACAUGAAAUAGUUCACACUGGGGAAAAGCGUUUUGAAUGUAAACAGUGUGGCAAGUGUUUUAGCGAAGCAGGAAGCCUAAGGAUGCAUGUAAGAGUUCACACCGGGGAAAAGCCUUUUGAAUGUAAACAGUGUGGCAAGUGUUUUAGUAAAGCAGAACACCUAAGGACUCAUGAAAGAGUUCACACUAGGGAAAAGCCUUUUGAAUGUAAACAGUGUGGCAAGUGUUUUAGUGUUGCGGUAAGCCUAAGGACUCAUGAAAGAGUUCACACUGGGGAAAAGCCUUAUGAAUGUAAACACUGUGGGAAGUGUUUUAGUGAAGCAGGAGGCCUAAGAAGACAUGAAAGAGUUCACACCGGGGAAAAACCUUACGAAUGUAAACAGUGUGGCAAGUGUUUUAGCGAAGCAGGAAGCCUAAGGAGUCACGAAAGAGUUCACACUGGGGAAAAGCCUUUUGAAUGUAAACAGUGUGGCAAGUGUUUCAACCAAUCAGGAAACCUGAGGAGUCAUGAAAGAUUGCACACUCAGGAAAGGUCACCUAAAUUUUCCCAGAAAAACAAAUGCCUGUCCAAACGAUUGGAAUCCUGUAAACGAAAGAGAGCAGGAAGUGAAAACGUUGAUGUCAGGGGCACAGGCUUUACAGAGAACCAGCAGACACAGAGAGAAACCGGAAACACUGGUGUAACAGGUGCACGAUCGGUCAUUAUUGAGAAACACAGCUGUUGGAUUUGUCAAGAGGAGAUGAGUAGUGAGGCUCUUCUUCUUCAACAUUAUGAAAAUCAUAUGACCCAUGUUUCUGACGAUUAUUCAUUAAGUUAAAAAAACGUUUUUUGGUGCUUUGACAACCUUUUUAAGUUCUCAACUCUAAAAGAUUUCUAAAGCAUGUUGCUUUCAUACUUGCGGUUUAUUCGAUGUAUAUGAUUAUCAAGUUGUAAUAAACGAUGAAAGAACAACUUCUGUAUUGAUUCUUUCAUAAAGGAAAAACUCGAUUCAAAUCAAAGUCUUAUUGCCUCUUAGUUUAGUCUGCUACACAGCCGUUUUUAGUGUCGUCACACAACGCUCCUUCCCACAAACGGUUUGUGGGGAGGAGCGUUUUGUGACGACACUAAAAACGACUGUUUGGCAGAAUAUUCUUAUUUUUUUACAUUUGUACGCGACCACUUAUAGACGACUAUAACUUCUCAUGAUAUUAAUGGUAAUGUAAAAAAUGCUUUCGUACUUUCAUGCGUAUUCUACAGUCUUGUAUUUAUGAUGUUCUCAUAGCUAUGGUUUCUGGAACUCUCCAGUUAUUAUAAUAGCUGUUAUCCCUAAUAAAGAAUCCCGAUCACUUAUUAAUGCCUUUGGAGAAUAUUUAUUGGUGUUAAAAGGCCCUGUGUAUUAAGUCGGAAAGUAUAAAGUGACCCAUUAGUGUAAGUUGGUUGAUACUACUAUAACUUUAUGGUCAACUUAAUAAUUCCAAGAAAAUAAAACCAAGUAAUUGGUGGUUCAAAUUCGAUUUUUAAUGCCUUUGAUCUCUUGGCGAGUUUUGUUAGUCCUUGUCUGGUAACCACUCUGGCUGAGAUCAAACCCACUUCACACCAAUUUAUCUGUUACACAGAACGAAAAUUAAACUUUUUAAGCUAAAUUGGAACUGUUUUUUGAUUAUUUAGGUUAUUUAGAUUUUUUGUUACACCAUACAGCGCAUGCCGUGUAAGGGAUGCAGUCGUAUUUCUAUCGUUUAAGCGUUUUCUUGUGGACAGGCGAAGACGAUUGAAAUACGUUACUGUUUUGGGUUGCGUUCCUUUUGACCAAUCUAAAUCCGGGUUUUGCGAUGCGAAAUUUGAUUUUUCAUUGCGUCAAGGACGAAACCAAUCUAAGAUUGCAAUCUGAACGAUCCACCUCCGUAAUUGGAUCGUUCAGAUUGGUAUCUGAAUCUGGUUUCAGAUUUUUGUUCCAUUUAACGAAACUGCUUUUCGAUCGCAAGAACUUGCUCGCUCAUCAAUAAUGACGUUAGUUCAAGCAAAAGUUAUUUACACAGUCCUCCUUUGUUCUAUGCCGCUAAAGGAUUGUGGUAUAUUAAACUUAAGUUCCACUGUAACUUUAAAUCCGUAAGGAAGCGAAAACGCUUGGAUUUUCCUACCGUUUUAAAGUUGUCCAAUGUGUGUGUGUUUAGAGCCCAGUGGGGGGCGAGGGGUGGGGGCUACUCCGGAGUUUAAGUGACAGGGAUGAUCCAAUGGGGAAAAAAUCAAAACCCCCUAAAAUCUGUAGGGCUUCAAUCAAAACCCACAGAACUCGCUGGACCAAAAUUUAACCAGCAAAAAUCUCGUGCCGAGCCAUAAAAAUUUCCAGGAAGCGUUAAAUGAAACAACUAUUAUGAAUCUUCAGAUUGUUUUGAAUGCCCAAAAUAAUCCCUACUGAAAUCAAGCUGCCCAAAAAAUACUUGCUAAACUUUUCCUACCCAAACAAAUCCCAAAAUCGAACAUUUGAAACCGAAAAAAAUCCUUUGAUCAUCCCUGUCACUCGAAAUCCUGAAGUGUUUGCCGCUGGGGUUUAGAGUGCGCCUCUCAGCACUUGAGAAUUUGUCAUUGUCUUCUGAAUGUUCUUAAAUCAAAUUCCAGGUAAUUUUCAGUUGAGAAGUGGCAACAGCAUGAACAACCAGUUAAAGAGCAACGUUUCUUUCCAUUUCUCCACCGUAAAGAGAAGAUGCUGAAUUUAGGGGAAAGUGUUGGAAUUGAGAAGAAGAUUAGACCAGGAGGCAGCUGCUGUAUGGAUCAAUCCAGUUAUUUCAAGUGUUUGUUCCGGCUAGCACGAAAAUUCAAACAAUCUGGAUUUUUUUGGACGCGUACUGUUCGGAUAUUAGGGUGUGAUAGCCAAGAUUAGACAAUUUUGUAAUCGUUUUGAAAUUUUGAUAUUAACACAAUUAAUUUUGAAAAUGAGGCAUAUUUAACGAAAAAAAAAGUUUUGGUUGUUUAUCACCGCCUCUCGCCGUGUUUUUCUUUUUUCAUCAUCAAUCUAGUAUGAUGACCUAAGAAGAUUAUAGCGAAACAAGUUUUACCAGUUAUCUCUGAUUCUCCGCAUUUUGUAAAAUAAAAUUAAACGAAUAUUUAACCAAUAGUUUCUGUUAAGUCUAAACACAAAUAUACUAAGAGACUUUUAAGUCAAUUCACAAUUUAGCCGCGGAAAAAAAAUUAAAAUGUACAGAUUGGACAUAGGAUAUUAAAUAUGUGAAUCUGAUCAUAUCCGCUGGAAAAAUGGCUAAUUCAAGAAAAUCAGUGAGCUGAAGAAGAUACAAACAUCCAUCAAGAUAAAAAACAAUAGAAAUACCAGCUAAAAUUUUUGAAAAAUAAAUUCGUCAUCUGAACGCCAAGAGUCUAUCAAGUCAAGCUCCUUAAAAAAACUGUUCAGAUUUAUUUUCUCUUACAUACGCUGGAUACUUCUUCGUGCGCCUCGUUUUUUUGUUAAAUUCAAGGCUAUGUAAGCUGGAUUUGUCUGCACUCAGUAUCAAACUAAAGUUACUAGAGUCGAACUAAUCCGUCCAUGGCCUGCGUGGCACUCGCUUGAAAAGGAAGGGAGAGGGGGUGUUUUGGCGCGGCCCCCUCGCGUUUCUUUCGCGCUCAAAACCCCCUUUCCCUUCCCUUUCAAACGCUUGCCACGCAGGCUAAUCGGUCUAUUUUGGCGUAUUUUGAUGAGGGAGUAGCCGUCUGUCUGUGCAUUGGCGGCGGCCGACAAACCGUCUCUAUUCUUUAGUGUCAUGAAAACGACCAAUCCGGCAUUUAUGUCUUGCACUGUACUUGCUCAUUGGUCCCGGCGUAACCACUUGAACUGCCGUUCGGUAAUCGAACUUAAUCGAACUCAAUCGAAGGAUUUGGUUCGAUUAAGUUCGGUAAUCGAACACAGUUGAACCAAAAGAAUUCGUGAGAGUUCGAUUUCCGCACUAAAUUGAAGCAAUCGAACUUCAUUGAACGUUCUAAUCUUCACUCAAAAUAGGCAAGAAAAAAACAACAAAACAACCAGAUUAUCUAAGAUCAUAAAGAAUAAAUGUUCCGGGUUUAUUGAAUUCGCUUGAUCGCUUUGUUUUACUGUAGCGAUGCUUAGUUUCCCUGGUCCACGUAGCAGAUACAAAAGUGGAGGAGGUCUGAACCUAAAAGGGACGCUAUAAAGUAAAAAAGUCUUUAACGGAACAUAAUGUUCACUGUGUGAUUGAGGAUAAAAUUGCAAUAUGGCAAUAAUAGUCUUGUUCUUCCCGGGUGUUCUUCUUCUUGCAAAAAAUACACUAUACUGUACACUGAUCCGCCACAAUCACUCCUGGAAUAUACUCAGGCGUAGGAAACCCUACAAAAAGUAAAACAUUCGGGAAAACACGCUCAAUUUUCUUUAUAGCGUCUUUUUUUUAAUCGAAUGAAUGCCAACUUCGACCAUCGAACCUAAUCGAACUCAAUCAAAGUUUGAUUUAAUUACUAAUGUUUUUUUUUGUGAGAGUUCGAUUGUGUGCGAUCACCGAACUUAAUCGAACAUUAUCGGUCGAUUAAGUUCGAUUAAACCUUCGUGGACUUAGUUCAAGUUGUUAUGCCGGGAUUGGUGGAGGAAAAGUUUGAAAGCAGAUUUCAUCAUCCUCUGACUUGUAGCAACCAGCUUAACAUAACUUUUAGUACAACUAACAAUCAGUCCAUUGUCACUGACAACCGUAUUUAUAAAAUAAUGGAAUUCUCUUUAAAGGACAAGAAACGCGGGAAAACACCAGAAGUCAAAGUUCAAUCACAGGGUCAGAUCUGGAUGCGUUUUGUUGUAUUUUAUUAGUAACCGGGGACCGUUUUUCAUUGAUCUGAUCAAAGUCCGUGGUUUUCGCUUCACCCCGGCGCUCCACACCCAUCCUUUAUCAUCAUCAUCCUUUAUUGCACUUUGACUGAAAAUAAAAUAAUGUUCUAUGGAGUAACUGUUCGUUAUUCUAAGAGCAUCUCUUACCUUAAAUAAGACAGCAGACUUUAUCCCGUGUAAUUUUCUGAUCAACUCUCUACUGUCAUAUAUCUCUAAGUAGUCUAUGUAACAUCACUCCUCCCAGUUCACACUGGGGAAAAGCCAUAUGCAUGUAAACAGUGUGGAAAGUGUUUUGACCGAGUAGGAGACCUAAAGAGCCAUAAAAGAGUUGACACUGGAGAAAAGCCUUAUGAAUGUAAACAGUGAGGUAAGUGUUUUAGCCAAGUAGGACACCUAAAGAGCCUUGAAAAAGUUCACACCGGGGAAAAGCCUUAUGGAUGUAAACAGUGUGGCAAGUGUUUCAGCCAAGGAGGAAGCGUAAGGACUCAUGAAAGAGUUCACACUGGGGAAAAGCCUUAUGAAUGUAAGCAGUGUGGGAAGUGUUUCAGCCAAGCAGGACGCCUAAGGACUCAUGAAGGAGUUCACACUGGGGAAAAGCCUUAGGAAUGUAAACAGUGUGGCAAGUGUUUUAACUAAGCAGGAAACCUGAGGAGUCAUGAAAGAUUCCACACUCAGGAAAGGUCACUUAAAUUUUCCCAGAAAAACAAAUGUCUGUCCAAACGAUUGGAAUCCUCUAAACGGAAGAGAGCAGGAAGUGAAAACGUUGAUGUCAGGGCAACAGGCUUUACAGAGAACCAACAGACACAGAGAGAAACCGGAAACAAUGGUGUAACCAAUGCACGAUCGGUCAUUAAUAAGAAUCACAGCUGCUGGAUUUGUCAAGAGGAGAUGGGUAGUGACGCUCUUCUUCUUCAACAUUAUGAAAAUCAUAUGACCCAUGUUUGUGACGAUUAUUGUUGAAGUUAAAAAAGGGUUUGGUCGUUUUAAGUUCUUCUCUUUUGUUUAAUUUGUUUUGUGCUUUGACAGCAUUUUUAUUUUUGCAACUGUUAAAAUUUCAAUUGGUUUUGUUUAAGGCAUGUUGCUUUCAUACUGUUCAUUCGAUGUGAAUGAUUAUCAAGGUGGGAUAAACGAUGAAGGGACAACUUCUCUAGUAAUUCUUUCAUAAAGGAAAAACUCGAUUUAAAUCAAAGUCUUAGUGCCUCUUAGUUAAGCCUGCUACAGAGCCGUUUUUAGUGUCGUCACGCAACGCUCCUCCACACAAACGGUUUGUGGGAGGAGCGUUGCGUGACGACACUUAAACCGGCUGUGUAGCAGACUACUCUUAAUUUUAAGCGUUACAUUUGUACGUGACCACUUAUAGAAGACUAUAAAUUCUCAUGAUAUGAAUGGAAAGAAACUUUUUUCUUACAAUGUAAAAAAGGCUUUCUUACUUUCAUCCAUAUUCUACAGUCUUGUAUUUAUGAUGUUCUCAUAGCCGUGGUUCCGGGAACUCUUCAGUUAUUAUAAUAAAUGUUACCCCUAUUGAAGAAUGCCAAUCACUUAUUAAUGCCUUUGGAGAAUAUUUAUUGGUUUUAAAAGGCCCUGUGUAUUAAGACUGACAGUAUAAAGUGCCCCAUUCCUGUAAGUUGCUUGAUACUACUACAACUUUAUGGUCAACUUAAUAAUUCCAAGAAAAUAAAACCAAGUAAUUGGUGGUUCAAAUUCGAUUUUUAAGGCCUCUGAUCUCUUGCCGAGUUUUGUUAGUCCUUGUCUGGUAACCGCUCUUUCUGAGAUCAAACCCACUUCACACCAAUUUAUCUGUUAUACACAACGAAAAUUAAACUUUUUAAGCUGAAUUGGAAGUGUCUUUCUGAUUAUUUCGACAUUCGCACGGCAACAACGAAGAUUUUUUAUUACACCAUACAGCGCAUGCCGUGUAAGGGGUGCUAUCGUAUUUCUAUCGUUUAAGCGUUUUCUUGUAGACAGGCGAAGACGAUUGAAAUGCGUUACUGUUUUGGGGGGUUGCGCUCCUUUUGUCCAAUCUGAAUCCGGAUUUUGCGAUCCGAAAUUUGAUUUUUCGUUGCAUCGAGGACUAAACCAAUCUAAGAUUGCAAUCUGAACGAUCCACCUCCGUACUUGGAUCGUUCAGAUUGGUAGAUUGGUAUCUCUAUCUGGUUUCAGAUUUUUGUUCCAUUUAACGAAUCUGCUUUUCGAUCGCAAGAACGUGCUCGUUCAUCAAUAAUGACGUUAGUUCAGGCAAACGUUAUUUAUACUCCUCCUUCGUUCUAUGCCGCUAAAGGAUUGUGGUGUAUUAAACUUAAGUUCCACUGUAACUCUAAGUCCGUAAGGAAGCGAAAACGCUUGGAUUUUCUCACCGAUUUAAAGUUGUCCAAUGUGUGUGUACAAACCUUAACCACAAAGGACUGCAAAGGACCACAAACAAAUAUGCCGUAGAACGUAGGAUCUAUAAAGACCUGACCAGCAAAAAUGAUCAGUAGACAUUAAAUUCUGCAAGCAGAAUACUGCAAUGCUGAUCGUACUACGUGAAAAUUAACUCUGCAACACAUCAACGCGACACCGAAAGAACCAAAAACAGAGCGAGAUUGUAGCUAUAGACAGCUGUUUGGCCCUUUUUGGGGCUCGUCAGCAUGGCGUAACGACCAGAGCAAGCUCUGAUGAAAAAUAUCCGCGCACUCUGAUUUAAGCCCUGACCUAGAACUCUCAACACCCACAGAACAAGUCAUACCACGUGUCUUCUGGGGGGCAAGAGUCCAGUGUUUAGAGCCCAGUGGAGGGCGGGGGGGGUACUCCGCAGUUUAAGUGACAGGGAUUAUCGAACGGAAAAAAAAUCGAACACCCCAAAAAUUCCUAGGGCUUCAAACAAAACCCAAAGAAUUUCCUGGACCAAAAUUUAACCCGCAAAAAAAUCCCGUGCCGAGCCAUAAAAAUUUCCAAGAAGCGUUAAAUGAUAUAACUAUCAUGAAUCUUCAGAUUGUUUUCAAUACCCAAAACAAUCCCUACUUAAAUCAAACUGCCCAAAAAAUGCUUGCCAAAAUCUUCCUACCCAAACAAAUCCCGAAAUCGAAAAUUUCCAAAAGAAAUCCUUUGAUCAUCCCUGUCCGGCUGGAUAUCGAGAGUAUUCCCCCUUCCCCAGUCCGCUGGGGCUUAGACCGCGCUUCUCAGCACUUGAGAAUUUGUAAUUGUCUUCUGAAUGUUCUUGAAUCAAAUUCCAGAUAAUUUUAAGUUGACAAGUGGUAAUAGUAUGAACCACCACUAGUUAAAGAGCAACGUUUGUUUCCAUUUCUUCACUAAGAGAAGACGCUGAGUUUAGCGGAAAGUGUUGAAAUUGAGAAGGAGAUCGGAGCCUCAGGCAGCUGCUGUAUGGAUGAAUCCAGUUACCGUAUUUAUUCGAUUAACCGCCCUUGGCGCUUAUUAAUUUUUGGAUCUUGAGAAUUGGCACUUAUUCGAGGUGGGCGCUUAUUUGAGGCUGGGCGCCUAUUGAAUUUUCACCAUUUUAAGCGUGUGUAGUAUGUUUAUUUUGCCACAAAACAAUCAAUGGUAACAACAAAACGAGAAGAUGUAACAAUGCAAGGUUUCUGUAAAAUACUCAGAAGAAAAAUCCGUCUUCGGGGAAGUCUCUCAUUUGUACUUAUUCAUUUUGUUUUGUGUGUCGUAGGAGGAAGGGGGGCAGGGUAGGGGUAGGGGGUGGGCGCUUAUCUGAGUUUGAGUGGGAAGGGGAGGGCUGUGGGGAGCGGGUGAACGCUUAUUCGAGGCAGGGCGCUCAUUAACUUUUCCUGCCUCUAGGAUGGGCGCUUGCGCUUAUUCGAGGUGGGCGCUAAUUCGAGUUUGGGCGCUUAUUCGAAUAAAUACGGUAUUUCAAACUUUGUUCCGGCUGGCACGAAAAUCCAAACAAUCUGGAUUUUUUGGACGCGUACUGUACGAACAUUAGGGUGUGAUAGCCAAGAUUAGACAAUUUUGUAAUCGUUUUGUAAUUUUGACAUCAGCACAAUUAAUUUUGAAAAUGAGGCAUACUUUACUGGGGCGGAUCUACGGGGAGGGUCUAGGGGUUGCGCACCCCCCCAAAGGUGACCUGCGGUUUUCCAAUACAACUGGUAUUCUGCAAAAAAAAAACUAUGUGGUUUGUUGGUGUUGAAGUAGAGCAAGAGACGAGUGCACCCAGCCUCGUACCCAGGCCUGUUCGCGCUAUCCGAGUGACCAGAGGAGGCUUGGAACCGAGCGCGAUAGGCGAAUUUUCCCGACAAGCUUUACAGGUGACGUCACAUCCGAAAUCGCCGAGGACGACUGGGAACGAGGCUGGAGUGCACCCCCUCCUCAAAAAAAAUCCUGGAUCCGCCCCUGGUUUACGUUAGGUUUAUAGAAAAAAGCUUUGGUUUACCAUGUUUGUCACCGCCUCUCGCCGUGUUUUUCUUUUUUCAUCAAUCUAGUACUGACGACCUAAGAAGUUUAUAGCAAAACAAGUUUUACCAGUUAUCUCUGAUUCUCCGCAUUUUGUAAACUAAAAUUAAAAGAAUUUUUAACCUAUAGUUUCGGUUAAGUCUAAACACAAAUAUACUAAGAAACUUAUAAGUCAAUUCACAGUUUAACCACGGAAAAAAACUAAAACGUACAGAUUGGACAUAGGAUAUUAAAUAAGUGAAUGUGCUCAUAUCCGCUGGAAAAAUGGCUAAUUGAAGAAAAUCAGUUGGCUGAAAAAGAUACAAAACUCUAUCAGCUAAAAGCUAUAGAAAUACCAGCUGAAAUUUUUGACAAAUAAAUCCAUCAUCCGAACGUCAAGAGUCUGUCGAGCCAAGCUCCUUUAAGAACUGUUCAGAUUUAGAUUCUCUUACAUACGCUGGAUACUACUUCGUCUACAUCGUGCGCCUCCUUUUCUUCUAAUUCAAGCCUAUGUAAACUGGAUUUGUCUGCAUUCAGUAUCAAACUGAAGUUACUAGAGUUGAACUAAUACACGUUUUCUGGCACCAAUCAGAAGCCAGAACGGCGGCGACCGUUUGGAAGUGGUCUGGUAAGACAUUGUCCCCAGGGGCUCUUCUCGCCGUUCUUUACUUUUCUUCGUGCCACAUAUAUUUUUCCGCCGGUUUAGACUUUCCCUCGCCCCCUUUAUCUGCCCCUGGGUCUCUGAGGAUGCCUCGACGGACCCCCGGCGUUAACCCCCCGGCGUGUUUUUGUACUCUCCCCAGGUUUCUCUCACAAUGCAAAAUUAAGAUGGCGGAAAGAUGGCGUCUGUGAAUCCUCCGGACUGGCCAUUUCUUGGUUGCAUUUUCCCUCGUGUGAUUUGAUCAAGGCGGAAAUAUCUUGUUACUUAAGGUAAGACAAGCUUUCAGUACAUUAAGGAUACGUUAGUCACACAGGUUACACAGGACAUUGCCGUCCUCUUGCGAAAUCUUUCAGUGGCACCGCAAUGCUUUUUGAAGGUAAUUUACAUCAUGAUCGCAUCGAUCACUUGAUUUAAACUGCGUUUGGUAUUUAGUCAAGCAUAUCAUUCCGAUUCCAGCGUAACUGGGCCGAUAAACCAAUUUAUUUCUGAUCAUUUUAAACGCCCUGUAAGCUUCGGAAGUUGACCUAAAUUAAAAUGUGCGAACAUAGAAGUGUCCUUUAUUGCACUUUGACUGAAAAUAGUAUAAUGUUCUAUGGAGUAACUGUUCGUUCUUCUAAGGGCAUCUCUUACUUUAAACAAGACAGCAGAUGUUAUCCCGUGCAAUUUUCUGAUCAACUCUCUACUGUAAUAUAUCUCUAAGUGGUCUAGGUAACUUCACUCCUUCCAGCCUGAGUGAUUUUUAUCUCAUCUCACAACAAAUCAAGUGACUUCGCUUCAGGUUUAGGAAACUACAAUCGGCAACAAAAUUAUUGAGACAUUGUACUCAACUAGAGUAAUAACUACAGAGAAGAAAAGAAUCUACCUCCCUCCCCACUCCCCUUCAUUCAAAGUUGUGGUUUUUGUUGUUUUCUAUAGGUAGCUCGAACAGCGGCACAACAUUGCAUGGAGGGGAUGGGGGAGGGAAAGCUUUAUUUCCCCUCUAGAAGUCAGUAAAGCAUCAGCUUUAGGGCAAAGUGUCUCAACUACAUUGUAAUUUUGUUGCCAAUUGUAGCUCUAGAUUGUAGCAAUACACACAUACUUCCACUUGAGGAAAGGAAAAAAAAAUAGAGCAGUUUAUUGAAUGUUGAUUAAUUAUGCAAAAAUCGUAAUUGAAUAUGAUUUAUGCACAAAUGUUCCUUUUUUUUUUUACUCUAAUGAAUGGAUCUCUGCACUAUUGGUUGCCGUUUCAUGCAUAUUUUCUCUUAAUGAACAGCAAAAGGUGUAAUUCUCAUAAACUUUUCUUUUGAUGAUGUAUGAAUAUGAUGAGGAGAAAAUUAAUGUUGGUCACUAUUGGGACUUAGAGCGAAAUUUGUUGUAUCGUGCUGUGCGUUUUGCAUAUUUUGGGUUUUUCUGUUCCGUCAAUCAUCUUAGCUGACCUCUUAGGAAAUACAUGUUUACUUGCACGAGUUCAAAAGAUCAUGGUUUGUCAUUUGUGAUUGGUGGAUCUCGAUCCAUUUUCUUUGUUUCCUGUUACAAGGUUUGUUGCUUUGUGAUCGUCUGGUUUCGGGCAAUAAUCGACUAGUUAAGUUUGCUUCGCAGAUUUUUAUGAUCUUUCUCAUUCUUGUCACUUGGAAGAAUAAAGCAAUGUCUGCCUCCUUCCUUCAACAAAAAAUCCACUCACCGUCGCAAUUUCCUUUGCUAUUCUUGAGCAGUUGGAGUCAUUCUCAGCCAAGCUGGGCGAGCACGUUACAGUGGGAUUUGCAUUAACCUCACCUUCACUAAAAUGACUGACGGAACAGAAAAACCCAAAAUCUGUUCUAAGUUUGCAAAUGUCUAAAUGAUCUUGAGUAACCACCGUGAAGAUUUUCAAAAACUAAAAUGUUUUUGUGAGCCUUUCAAAAGUUUCCACAAAAUGUACAGCAAAAAAUAGGGAGGUGUAGAUAAAAAUGCUGAAUAAAUGAUAAAAUAAACCUCUGAGUGUACCACUCGUGUUCAUAGCAAGAUAGAAAACACUGCAAACUUGAAAAAUUAAAAAUAAAAUGCUUUUUGUCAUGUGUAAUUUGAAAUCUCUUGCUUUACCAUACAUCACGACAUUGUAUCAUUUCACUACAGGCAAUAGUGACCUAACAUUUCUAAAGGUGGGGAAGAGGUCUUGAUUUUAUUAGUGACGGUUUUUCUAAGACUAUUAAACUCAUUUGAGGCCAUUUUCAGACAAGAAACUUCAACUACACUGCAGCAAGACAAGUGCUUGUUUGUUUACCUUUUAUUGGCGGAAAUAUUUUUUCUAUGGCUGACGACCAAACAUUUUCUGUUUUUGUUUCAAAAGUGCAGAAUGAGCGGGGAAUUUUGUCGUUAAUUUAACGAAAGUUAUCCUGAGAAUCAUGAUUUUUGUGCACCUGUUGACUCUUUUUGUUUCAAAUUUUGGUCGCCCAUAAGUAAAUUGUAGAAGCCUCUGGCGACCAGGCCUUCAUUAGGCAGUAGCAAGUGCCUAGUGUAAAGCAUGUAAAUACAUACCUUGACAAGACAAGUUAGUAUAAAAACAGUUUUGAUUGUUCAAAAGAUAGACUUCAUACAAAAAUACUGAGUCAAUUUUCCAAACUUUAAGAUAAAGAACCUUUCAGUGGCCCUUUUUUAUUAACUUUGCAUAUGCACUUGUACAUGCAAGUGCUCCUGGCUGUACCAUUUGCUGUUUUUGCGAAUGGUUAUCUUUAUUUUUCUUGAGAAAUAAAUCGUGUCUCAAAAUCCUUUCAAGUGGUGAAUAUAAAAAAUGCUUGUUUCUCGAAACUCAAGACUCUAUGUUUGCAUUUUGAAACUCAAUUUGUUGGACUUUGAAGUAUUCUUCUGGUUUCAUCUCAUCGCGCAAUGCUCAUUGGCGUUGUGUAAUGAGAAAAAAUUGUCUGCGUUUCAAGGAGAGAGAAUCAAGUUUCGAGGAAGUAUCAAUAUGGUCACUCUGGUGAACUAAUUAAAAGUAGGUUUUGGUACACUGGCUGUAGGGGUCCAUUCUUGAAGUACAAUAAAGCAAAUAAUAUCUCUAGUACAGGAAAGAGGAGAUUGGCCCUUGAAUGUUAGUUGAUCCUUUACUACUGUAUGCUACUAUUUGUGCCCAUGAGUUUGAUAAAUAAUAAAUUUGAAGGUUAUCGAUCAACAGAUUAGUGCACUGUUUGUCGUGCACUAGAACUGUGACACAUUAAUAAAGUUACUGUCUUUUUUAAUGGGCCCCUAGAAAUGAAGCUUUUUAUUUGAGGAGUCCAAAGGGCUCCCAAAAAUUCUCUUAGCGAGUAGCCUUGCUCUAAGGUAAAUGCAAAUGUACACUCGUGUGCCGUCACAUCACUGAACGUUAUAUAAACAAUCAUUUUUCUGUUUCGGGAUUAUUUCCGCUUGAGACGUAGGUUAGUCAUUUUAGAGAUAGUAUCUAUCAGAAAUCCUUAUUAUUGGUCAAUCUGUUAUGCUCGGAUUUCCUUUAGCAAAGUAUAAUAGUCAUUGUCUUAUUUACGCGCUAGUUUUUUCACAUCAACCCAGCCUAUGUAAGUUCUUUCCUUUUUUACCUUAUAAAAAGUAAUUUCAACUUUGCUGGUUAUGCUGCCCUAUCUCGGCCAAGACCAAAUAUCGGUUGAGGUAGCGGAACAACUCGCACUUCCUAACCAUUGGUUACUGCUAGUUAUAGUAGUUCUAAAUUUGAUUCUGGUUUGAGAUAAAUGUGUUUCAAAAUUGUUAAAACCAGUGUUUCCAUAAUAAUAAUAAUAAUAUUUAUUAUUUGGUAUUGUGCAAAUUAACAUAUAUCAAAAUGAUCAAAUGUGCAUUACAAGCUAUUAAAGCUAACUAAAAAUAUAUUAAUUAUCGAAUUAAAACAUGAAUAUAUCUGUAAAUGACACCUAACUUAAUUAUUUAGUACUUAACCUAUUACUUACAAUAAUUAUAACUAAAAGAAAUGCUAUAUGUUACAUUAAAUUGAUAAAAAAGAGAGUAAAAUGAAUAUACACCUAUGUUUAGUUAGAAAUUGUAUGCAAGUUUAAAAUAAUAAGUCUUUAGCUGUUUCUUAAAAGUAUAAUAGUUGUCCUUUUUCCUAAUGUCCUUAGGUAAAAUGCUCCAGAUUCUAUGGGCGGCUACUUUGAAAGUCCUGUCUCCAAGUGUGGGGAGUCCUGUCUCCAUAGCUGACCGUGUCCCUUAAACUAAUCUAUAUAAGGACCAAAAUCAGUUUUUAAAAAUUUAUUACUAUUUAUUCUUUUUAAGUGUGACUUGAGAUCAUAUUCAUUAUUUAAACUAAUAUAUGCACCCCUCUUUCUUGGAAAAAUGGCCACCUACAGAAUAACAACAAGGGUGGUCACUAGACUGUUACCAAGAGUAAGAGAAUAAGCCACUCUGUUACUCUUUAGACCGAAUAAAUAAGUGAUAGAUGCUAUAACCUUAUAAGCUUCAAGAUCAACAUGGAAAUUCUCCACAUUGGCCUCCAUACAAUUCAUGAAAAAUUUGUUGAGAGAAUUUGUUUAAAGAUCAAAGCAUAUUCCUUGAAGUGAUCAUUUUAUUAAUUCUCAUAACCUUUCUACUUGAUUAUAUACUGAUGUUGUUUGGGGAAAAUUGAUGUUGAUCACUCCUGGGACUUAAAGGGAUAAAUAAAUCACAACUGUAACACUUCAUGUGGACUGAUCUUGUAUGGAAGUUGCCAUUUAUUUUUGAUCUUCCAAUUUCAUGUGCUUGAGUGUUUCCACUUUGCAUUCCAGUGUUAUUAUGAAGAAUCAAUUAUUGAUACCAUUUUCUGGCUGCUGUUUGGUUGUUUGUUCUUGGUCCAAAACAGGAAGUAGGGAACCGUUACUUCAGUCUGUUCCUCCCUCUUUCUUGUUUGUGUUUAUUGAUGUAUUUCACAGUAAAUUAAAUAACCGUCCCCCCUCUCUAAUAAUCCUUCCUCUCUGUUAAGCUCCCCCAUUAAACAUGCUUGAAAUGAAAAUGCCUCCAGGGAGCUUAAUAGAGGAUUUAUGGUAAUACAGGUUUCACUAUAUUGUCUGUAUGAAUGCUGUAUGAUGAACCUUAAUUACCAUUAUUUUACAAGUGUGUUAUUUUACAAACCAGGAGGAACUCUCAGAUCCAAAUACAAAGUCAACCAAUAAUCAACUGACCCAUGUUGAUGGAUUCUGUAGUUUGAAGGGUUCAUGUAAAAUUUUACGUAUGUAAUCAGCUGGUUUAUUGUGUGGAACCACUUUUUCAUGAGCGGGUGUCUUAAAAGUUUUCUAAUUUUCCACGUGUCCUUGACAACACCACCUUUAACCUACUCACUUCAGGCCUCUCACCAUCUUGUCGAAAAGUUUAUGCUCGCAGCAACAAAGCAAAUAAUGUGUAUUUACCUAUUUAUGGUUCUUCAUCUUUUCAAAGGUAUCCUAACUAUAAAACCUUUAAAUCAGAGCAACCUCAAUGUCCUUUGAGUGUCAGCAGUGUGGCAAGUGUUUUAACAAUGCAGGACACUUUAGGGCUCAUAAAAGAUUCCACACUGGGGAAAAGUCUCAUGAAUGUAAACAGUGUGGCAAGUGUUUUAGCCGAUCAGGAGACCUAAGGAUUCAUGAAAGAGUUCACACUGGGGAAAAGCCUUAUGAAUGUAAACAGUGUGGCAAGCGUUUCAACCGAGCAGGAAACCUAAGGAAUCAUGAAAGACUUCACACUGGGGAAAAGCCUUAUGAAUGUAAACAGUGUGGCAAGUGUUUUAGUGAAGCAGGAAAGCUAAGGAUACAUGAAAGAGUUCACACUGGGGAAAAGCCUUUUGAAUGUAAACAGUGUGGUAAGUGUUUUAGGGUAGCAGGACACCUAACGACUCAUGAAAGAGUUCACACUGGAGAAAAGCCUUACGAAUGUAAACAGUGUGGCAAGUGCUUUAUUGUAGCAGGAAACCUAAGGAGGCAUGAAAGAGUUCACACUGGGGAAAAGCGUUUUGAAUGUAAACAGUGUGGCAAGUGUUUUAGCGAAGCAGGAAGCCUAAGGACUCAUGAAAGAGUUCACACUGGGGAAAAGCCGUAUGAAUGUAAACAGUGUGAUAAGUGUUUUAGUGAAGCAGGAAGCCUAAGGAGACAUGAAAGAGUUCACACUGGGGAAAAGCCUUAUGAAUGUAAACAGUGUGGCAAGUGUUUUAGUGUAGCAGGAAGCCUAAGGAAACAUGAAAGAGUUCACACUGGGGAAAAGCCUUAUGAAUGUAAACAGUGUGGCAAGUGUUUUAGUGUAGCAGGAAGCCUAAGGAGACAUGAAAUAGUUCACACUGGGGAAAAGCGUUUUGCAUGUAAACAGUGUGGCAAGUGUUUUAGCGAAGCAGGAAGCCUAAGGACUCACGAAAGAGUUCACACUGGUGAAAAGCCUUACGAAUGUAAACAGUGUGGCAAGUGUUUUAACCAAGCAGGAAACCUGAGGAGUCAUGAAAGAUUCCACACUCAGGAAAGAUCACUUAAAUUUUCCCAGAAAAACAAACGUCUUUCCAAACGUUUCGAAUCCUGUAAACGGAAGACAGCAGGAAGUGAAAACAUUGAUGUCAGGGCAACAGGCUUUACAGAGAACCAGCAGACACAGAGAGAAACCGGAAACUCUGGUGUAACAGAUGCACGAUCGGUCAUUAUUGAGAAACACAGCUGUUGGAUUUGUCAAGAGGAGAUGAGUAGUGAGGCUCUUCUUCUUCAACAUUAUGAAAAUCAUAUGACCCAUGUUUGUGACGAUUAUUCUUGAAGUUAAAAAAACAUUUUGGUCCUUUUAAGUUCUUCUCUUUGGUUUGUUUUUUGGUGCUUUGACAACAUUUUUAAGUUUUCAACUCUAAAAGGUUUUGUUUAAAGCGUGUUACUUUCAUACGUGUGUUUCGUUCGAUGUAUAUGAUUAUCAUGAUGGAAUAAACGAUGAAAGAACAGCUUCUGUCUUAAUUCUUCGGUGAAAGAAAAACGCGAUUUAAAUCAAAGUCUUAGGCCCGGUUCAGACGCCGUACUUUUCAUGAGCCGAACCUAAUUCGAAUUAAGACCGACCCAAAUUAUUUGGAUCGGCUGAAUUUAUUCAGACACCGAUCUUAAUUCCAGCCGAACUAAAUUCAGAAGGAGAAAAAUGCGCAUUGCGGUCAAACUGCUUAGAAAAUACGUCAUAAUAAUUUAUGCAUUAGGUUAGGUACAUGAAAAGUCCGGCGUCCGAAUCAAAGCCGUUCCAAAGUCGCUCCAAAGGCGAAAUUCCCGGCCAGGUUAGGCGAAAAGAACGUCUGAGCCGUUCCAAAUUGAAACAGGCGUUCCUAAUUUAUUCAGACGCCGAACUUUUCAUGUAGUUAAUUUAAUGUAUGAGGUUCGGCUCAUGAAAAGUUCGACGUCGAAACCGGGCCUUAGUGCUUAUUUGUACGUGACCACUUAAAGAAGACUCUAACUUCUCAUGAUACGAAUGGAAAGAUACUUUUUUCUUACAAUGUAAAAAAGUACUUUCUUAGUUUCAUCCACAUUCUACAGUCUCCGGGUACUCCCGCAGUUCAAGUGACAGGGAUGAUCGAAUGGGGAAAAAAUCAAAACCCCCAAAAGUCCCUAGUGCUUUAAACAAAACCCAAAGAACCCCUGGACCAAAAUUUAACCUGCAAAAAAAUCCCGUGCGGAGCCAUAAAAAUUUCCAGGAAGCGUUAAAUGAUAUAACUAUCAUGAAUCUUCAGAUUGUUUUGAAUACCCAAAACAAUCCCACUUAAAUCAAGCUGCCAAAUAAAUACUUGCUAAAAUUUUCCUGCCCAAACAAAUCCCGAAAUCGAAAAUUUGAGACCGAAAAAAAUACUUUGAUCAUCUCUGUCACUUGAAAUCCGGAGUAUCCCCGCCCCGCUGGGGUUUGGAGCGCGCUUCUCAGCUCUUGAGAAUUUGUAAUUGUCUUGUGAAUGUUCUUGAAUCAAAUUCCAGAUAAUUUUAAGUUGACAAGUGGCAACAGCAUGAACAACUACUAGUUAAAGAGCAACGUUUCUUUCCAUUUCUCCACCGUGAAGAGAAGACGCUGAAUUUAGGGGAAAGUGUUGGAAUUGAGAAGAAGAUCAGAGCAGCAGGCAACUGUUGUAUGGAUCGAUCCAGUUAUUUCAAAUGUUUGUUCCGGCGAGCACGAAAAUCCAAACAAUCUGGAUUUUUUGGGACGCGUACUGUUCGGACAUUAGGGUGUGAUAGCCAAGAUUAGACAAUUUUGUAAUCGUUUUGAAAUUUUGAUAUUAACACAAUUAAUUUUGAAAAUGAGGCAUAUUUUACGAAAAAAAAGCUUUGGUUUACCAUGUUUAUCACCGCCUGUCGCCGUGGUUUUCUUUUUUCAUCAUCAAUCUAGUAUGAUGACCUAAGAAGAUUAUAGCAAAACAAGUUUUACCAGUUAUCUCUGAUUCUCCGCAUUUUGUAAAAUAAAAUUAAAAGAAUUUUUAACCAAUAGUUUCUGUGAAGUCUAAACACAAAUAUACUAAGGGACUUAUAAGUCAAUUCACACUUUACCCACAGGAAAAAAAAAUUAAAAUGUACAGAUUGGACAGAGGAUAUUGAACAAGUGAAUAUGAUCAUAUCCGCUGAAAAAAUGGCUAAUUCAAGAAAAUCAGUUAGCUGAAAAAAAAAAAUACAAAAACCCAUUGAGAUAAAACUUCACACUUUUAGUACAACUGACAAUCAGUCCAUUGUCAUUGAGAACCGUAUUUAUAAAAUAAUGGAAUUCUCUUUGAAGGACAAGAAACGCGGAAAAACACCAGAAGUCAAAGUUCAGUCACAGAGUCAGAUAUGGAUGCGUUUUGUUGCAUUUUAUUAGUAACCGGGGACCGUGUUUCAUUGAUCUGAUCAAAGUCCGUGGUUUUUACUUCACCCCGGCGCUCCACACCCACCUUGGGAUUGGCCUUGCUUGCUUGAAAAACGCGAAAAAAUAACUCAUGGGGCUGCAGCCUACAGGAAUAUGGCCAACGAGAACAGCCCCCACUACCCCAAACACGUUUCUUGUUGUCUACCCCUAACCUUCCAUCGGAAAAACGAUUUGAACAUAGAAGGAAGAGAGGCUACAUAAAAGUAAAUACACUAAAAGUACAGCAAUUGAAUUCCUUGAAACUACCAAACAAACAAACAAGUAAAAAAAACGACCCUAGCCCACAUUCUUCUCCUAACCCUCCCAGCCAUGUCAUCCAGCUCAAAAUCUCAGACGAUCUCCAACGAUCAUCCUCGACGGACCCCCGGCGGACCGCAGGUGUGUUUUUGUACUCUCCCCAGGUUUCUCUCACAAUUCAAAAUAAAGAUGGCGGCGGAUGUGUGAAUCUGUGAAUCCUCGAGACAGGCCAUUUCUUGGUUGCAUUUUCCCUCGUGUGAUUUGAUUAAGGCGGAAAUAUCUUGUUACUUAAGGUAAGACAAGCUUUCAGUACAUUAAGAAUACGUUAGUCACACAGGUUACACAGGACACUGCCGUCCUCUUGCGAAAUCUUUCAGUGACACUGCAAUGGUUUUUGAAGGUAAUAUAGAUCAUGAUCGCAUCGAUCACUUGAUUUAAACUGCAUUCGGCAUUUGGUCAAACAUAUCAUUCCGACUGCGGUGUAACUGGGCCGAUAAACCAAUUUAUUUCUGAUCAUUUUACACGCCCUAUAAGCUUCGGAAGUUGAUCUAAAAAUUAUGUGCGAUCAUAGAAGUGUCCUUUAUUGCACUUUGACUGAACAUAAAAUAAUAUUCUAGGGAGAAACUGUUCGUUCUUCUAAGGGCAUCUCUUACUUUAAACAAAACAGCAGAUUUUAUCCCGUGUAAUUUUCUGAUCAACUCUCCACUGUAAUAUAUCUCUAAGUAGUGUAUGUAACAUCGUGCACUCCUUCCAGCCUGAGGGAUUUUUAUCUCAUCUCACAACAAAUCAAGUGACUUCGGUUCAGUUUUAGGAAACUACAAUCGGCAACAAAAUUAUUGGAGCAUUUCACUCAACUAGGGUAAUAAGUACAGAGAAGAAGAGAAUCUACCUCCCUCCCCACUCCCCUUAAUUCAAAGUUGCAGUUUUUGUUGCUUUAACUAUAGGUAGCUCGAACAGCGUCACAACAUUGCAUGGAGGGGAUGGAUGAGGGAAAGCUUUAUUUCCCCUCUAGAAGUCAGUAAAGCAUCAGCUUUAGGACAAAGUGUCUCAACUACAUUGUAAUUUUGUCGCCGAUUGUAGCUUCUAGAUUGUAGCAAUACACACUUACCUCCACUUAAGGAAAGGAAAAGAAAAAUAGAGCAGUUUAAUUAUGCAAAAAUCGUAAUUGAAUAUGAUUUAUGCGCAAAUGUUCCUUUUUUUCACUCUAAUGAAUGGAUCUGUGCACUAUUGAUUGCCGUUUCAUGCAAACGAAUGCAUAUUUUCUCGUAAUAAACAGCAAAAGCUGUAAUUCUCAUAAACUUUUCUUUUGAUGAUGCAUGGAUAUCGUUAGGAGAAAAUUAAUGUUGGUCACUAUUGGGACUUAUAGUGAAAUUUGUUGUAUCCCGCUGUGCAUUUUGCAUAUUUUGGGUUUUUGUGUUCCCUCAAUUAUCUUAGCGGACCUUUUAGGAAAUACAUAUUUACUUGCACGAGUUCAAAAGGUCAUGGUUUGUCAUUUGUGAUUGGUGGAUCUCGAUCUGUUUUGUUUGUUUUCUGUUACAAGGCUUGUUGCUUUGUGAUCGUCCUGUUUUGGGCAAUAAUCGACUGAUUGGUCACGGCUUAACUGACAGACGACCAAUAACGUUACAAAGUAAUUGACCAAUCAGAUCAAUAAGCAGAGUAUAAUACCAUCUACUGACAUGAUACAACUUACUUUGACUCUGAAGAUGACUACCACACAAGUUGUGGAAACAUCAGUUACUGUCAACAACAACAGAACAGUCCUAUUCAGGACUACAUUCAACCGGAUGAUCAAACUCAACCUACUUUUGAAAUGACUCCUGGGUUCAAACCUUUCACAAAAUACUUUUUGUCAUGUGUAAAUGAAAUCUCUUGCUUUUCCAUGCAUCAUGACUUUGUAUCAUUUUACUACAUACAAUAGUGACCUAACAUUUCUAAUGCUGGGGAAAAGGUCUUAAUUUUAUUAUUGACGGUUUUUCUAAGACUAUGAAAUUCAUUUGACUCCAUUUUGAGACAAGAAACUUCAACUACACUGCAGGAAGACAAGUGCUCGUUUGUUUACAUUUAAUUGGUGGAAAUAUUUUUUUUCCUUUGGCUGAUGACCAAUGGUUUUCUGUUUUUGUUUCAAAAAUGCAGAAUGAGCGGAAAAUUUUUUUGUUAAUUUAAUGGAAGUUAUCCUAAGAAUCAUGAUUUUCAUGCACCCGUUCAGACUUUUUGUUUCAAAUUUUGGUCACCCAUGAGUAAAUUGUAGGAGUCUCUGGCAACCAGGCCCCCAUUAGGUAGUAGCUUUGACAUUGCCUAGUGUAAAGCACGUAAAUACAUACCUUGACAAGUAUAAAAACAGUUUUGAUAGUUCAAAAGUUAGACUUAACAAAAAUACUGAGUCAAUUUUCCAAACUAUAAGAUAAAAAACCUUUUGUUGGUCCUUUUUUAUUAACUUUGCAUAUGCACUUGUACAAGCAAGUGCUCUUGGCUUUACCGUUUGUCGUUUUUGCAAAUGGUUUUUAUUUUUCAUGAGACAUAAAUUGUGUCUCAUAAUCCAUUCAAGUGGUAAAUAUAAAAAAUGCUUGUUUCUCGAAACUCAAGAUUCAAUGUUUGUGUUCUAAAACUCAAUUUGUUGUAGUUUGAAGUAUUCUUCUGUUUUCAUCUCGUCACGCAAUGCUCAUUAGCGUUGUGUAAUGAGACAAAGUUGUCUGUCUUUCAAGGAGAGAGAAUCAAGUCUCAAGGAAGUGUUCAAGAUUCUCAACUUUAGAUACAGACACUAUCAAUAUGGUCAUUCUGGUGAACUAAUUAAAACUAGGUUUAGGUACACUGGCUGUAGGGGUCUGUUUUUGAAAUAAAAUAAAGCAAAUAAUACCUCUAGUACAGGAAAAAGGAGAUUGGCCCUUGAGUGUUAGUUGAUCCUUUACUACUGUAUGCUACUAUUUGUGCCCUUGAGUUUGAUAAAUAAUAAAUUUGAAGGUUAUCGAUCAACAGAUUAGCGCUCGGUUUGUCGUGAGCUAGAAGUGUGACACAUUAAUAAAGUUACUGUCUUUUUUAAUGGGCCCCUAUAAAUGUAGCUUUUUAUUUGAGGAGCCUGAAGGGCUCCCAAAAAUUCUCUUAGCCGGCAGCCUUGCCCUAAGGUAAAUGCAAAUGUUCACUUGCACUUCCUAACCAUUGGUUACUGUUAGUUAUAGCAGUUCUAAAUUUGAUUCUGGUUUGAGAUAAAUGCAUUUCAAACUGACAAAACCAGUGGUUCCAUAGCUGACUGUGUCCCUUAAACUAAUCUAUAUAAGGACCAAAAUCACUGUUUAAAAAAUUUAUUAUUAUUUAUCCUUUUUAAGAGUGACUUGAAAUCAUAUUCAUUAUUUUAGGUAAUAUAUGCAUCCCUCUUUCUUGGAAAAAUGGCCACCUACAGAAUAACAACAAGGGUGGCCACUGGACUCUCACAAAGACUCUUUAGACCAAAUAAAUAUGUGAUAGAUGCUAUAGCCUGUUAAGUUUCAAGAUCAAAAUGGAAAUUCUCCAAGCUGGCCUCCAUACAAUUCUUGAAAAAUUGGUGGAGAGAAUUUUUUUAAAGAUCAAAGCAUAUUUCCUUGAAGUGAUCAUUUUAUUAAUUGUCACUAACCUUUCUACUUGAUUAUAUACUGAUGUUGUUUGGGGAAAAAUGAUGUUGAUCACCCCUGGGACUUAAAGGGAUAAAUAAAUCCCGACUGUAACACUUCAUGUGGACUGAUCUUGUACAGAAGUUGAGAUUUAUUUUUGAUCUUCCAAUUUCAUGUGCUUGAGUGUUUCCACUUUGCAUUCCAGUGUUAUUAUGAAGAAUCAAUUAUUGAUACCAUUUUCUGGCUGCUGUUUGGUUGUUUGUUUGUUUGUUUGUUCCUGGUGCAAAACAGGAAGUACGGAACCGUUACUUCAGUGUAUUCCUUCCUCUCCCUUUUUUGUGUUUAUUGAUGCAUUUCACAGUAAAUUAAAUAACCCUGCCCCCUCUCUAAUAAUCCUCCCUCUCUGUUAAGUUCCCCCCAUCAAACAUGCUUAAAAUGAAAAGGCCUAUUAAUAGAGGAUUUAUGGUAAUACAGGUUUCACUAUAUUGUCUGUAUGAAUGCUGUAUGAUGAACCUUAAUUACCAUUAUUUUAAAAGUGUGUUAUUUUACAAACCACAACGAACUCUCAGAUCCAAAUACAAAGUCAACAAAUACCGUAAAAUUCCGAAAGUAAGCCUCACGGCCUUUAUUUUUCAAAGGCCCUUUUUGAGGGGAUUAUUUUUGGAGGGGCUUAUCUACGGAGGGAAAUUUCCGUUUCAAAAUUGGUUGGGUUAGCCUUAUAGUUGUAACUAAAUUUACCGUUUUUGCUUUGUUUUACUUUGAAUUUGAGGGCUAUUUUCCAAGUACCAGCCCCUGGGAGGCUUAUAUUUGGAGGCGCGAUUUAACAGAGGGUUUUUUGCAUUACUGGUUUGGGGGGCUUAUAUUGGAGGGGCUUAUUUUCAGAAUUUUACGGUAAUCACCUGAGCCAUGUUGAUGGAUUCUCUAGUUUGAAGGGUUCACGUAAAACGUUUGGUGUGUAAUCAGCUGGUCUAUGGUAUGGAGCCACUUUUUCAUAAGUGGGUGUCUUAAAAGUUUUCUAAUUUUCCACAUGUCCCUGACAACACCACCUUUAAACUACUCACUUCAGGCCUCUCACCACCAGGCCCCAAAGGUUAUGCUGGCGGCAACAAAACAAAUAUUGUUUAUUUACCUAAUUAUGGUUUUUCAUCUUUCCAAAGGUAUCCUAACUGUAAAAACUUAAAAGAAGAGCAAGCUCAAUGUCCUUUGAGUGUCAGCAGAGUGGCAAGUGUUUUUACAAUACAGGACUCUUUAGGGCUCGUGGAAGAGUUCACACUGGGGAAAAGCCAUAUGAAUGUAAACAGUGUGGCAAGUGUUUUAGCCAAUCAGGAAACCUAAGGAGCCAUGAAAGAGUUCACACUGGGGAAAAGCCAUAUGAAUGUAAACAAUGUGGCAAGUGUUUUAUCCAAGCAGGAAACCUAAGGAGCCAUGAAAGAGUUCACACUGGGGAAAAGCCUUAUGAAUGUAAACAGUGUGGCAAGUGUUUUAGUCAAGCAGGACACCUAAGGACUCAUGAAACAGUUCACACUGGGGAAAAGCCUUAUGAAUGUAAACAGUGUGGCAAGUGUUUUAGCCGAUCAAGAGUCCUAAGGAGCCAUGAAAGAGUUCACACUGGGGAAAAGCCUUAUGAAUGUAAACAGUGUGGCAAGUGUUUUAGUCAAGCAGGAAACCUAAGGACUCAUGAAAGAGUUCACACUGGGGAAAAGCCUUAUGAAUGUAAACAGUGUGGCAGGUGUUUUAGUGAAGCUGGAAGCCUAAGGACUCAUGAAAGAGUUCACUCUGGGGAAAAGCCUUAUGAAUGUAUACAGUGUGGCAAGUGUUUUAGCCAAGCAGGACAUCUAAAGGUUCAUCAAAGAUUACAUACAGCGGAAAAACCUUACGAAUGUAAACAAUGUGGCAAGUGUUUUAACCAAGCAGGAAACCUGAGGAGUCAUGAAAGAUUCCACACUCAGGAAAGGUCACAUAAAUUUUCCCAGAAAAACAAAUGUCUUUCCAAACGUUUGAAAUCCUGUAAACGGAAGAGAGCAGGAAGUGAAAACGUAGAUGUCAGGGCCACAGGCUUUACAGAGAACCAGCAGACACAGAGAGAAACCGGAAACACUGGUGCAACAGAUGCACGUUUGGUCAUUAUUGAGAAACACAGCUGUUGGAUUUGUCAAGAGGAGAUGAGUAGUGAGGCUCUUCUUCUUCAACACUAUGAAAAUCAUAUGACUCAUGUUUGUGACGAUUAUUCUUAAAGGUAAAAAAAACAUUUUGGUCCUGUUCUUCUCUUUUGUUUGUUUUUGGUGCUUUGACAACAUUUUUAAGUUUUCAACUCUAAAAGCAAUUGUUUAAAGCUUGUUACUUUCAUACUUUUGGUUCAUUCGAUUUAUAUGAUUAUCAAGAUGGAAUAAACGAUGAAAGAACAGCUUCUGUGUUAAUUCUUCGGUGAAAGAAAAACUCGAUUUAAAUUUUAUCUUAGUUGGUACUUAUUUGUAUGUGACCACUUAUAGAAGACUAUGACUUCUCAUGAUACGAAUGGAAAGAGACUUUUUACUUACAAUGUAAAAAUAUGCUUUCUUAGUUUCAUCCAUAUUCUACAGUCUUGUAUUUAUAAUGUUCUCAUACCUGUGGCCUGUGGAACUCUCCAGUUAUAAUAGUAACUGUUAUUUGACAGUUAUUGAAUGAGGCUGAGGAUCUUAUGAAGAAUUAUGGAGAUCGAGGAGGGUGUUAUCCGUCGAGGCCGUAGGCCAAAGCGGAUAACACCCUCCGAGAUCUCCAUAAUUCUUCAUAUCAUACGAAAGCCGAAUUCAACAACUGUUUUAUUAUUCGUUCAAAAUAAUUCCUAGUUUAAAAACAUAGCUAUAACAUGCUUACCUCCAUCGAUUCAUCGAUGUUCAGUUCAUCUUUGAUAGUGUACGUUUAGGGUUGUUCAGCUCCACAAAUAUUCUCCAAAUAGCAGAUGUCGCCCUUCGAGUUGUCUUCUUGCUGUUCUUGCCAUGUUUUUAGCUAUUGUUUCGCCUAGUUCUUACUCUUGAAACGAGUGAAAUGUCCGCCAUUUUUUCAAGUUCACAACCAAAACAACUCAACCUCGUCCCCAGGUCUUCUCGGUUAACGGUGCCUUAACCUGCGAAAACGCUGCAUUUUUGACGUCAUUUCCUCGUUAAAGUCAAAUUUCUUCCAAAUUUGGUCAUCGUGACUGGUUAUGGUGAAUUACACGCGUGCUUUUAGCCAAUCAGAAUCGGGGAAAUAUUUUGAAUGAAUAAUAAUUUCUGAUAAAGAAUCGAAAUCACCUAUUUUAAAAUGCCUUUGGAGAAUAUUUAUUGGUGUUAAAAGGCCCUGUGUAUUAAGUCUGACAGUAUAACUUGCCCCAUUCCAUAAGUUGCUUGAUAUUACUACAACUUUAUAGUCAACUUAAUAAUUCCAAGAAGAUAAAACCAAGUAAUUGGUGGUUCAAAAUCUAUUUUUAAUGCCUUUGAUCUCUUGGCGAGUUUUGUUAGUCCUUGCCUGGUAACCAUUCUGUCUGAGAUCAAACCCACUUCACACCAAUUUAUCUGUUAUCCAUAACUAAAAUUAAACUUUUCAAGCUAAAUUGGAACUGUUUUUCUGAUUAUUUAAACAUUGGCAGCAACAAACAUUUUUUAUUACACCAUACAGUGCAUGCCGUGUAAGGGAUGCUGUCGUAUUUCUAUCGUUUAAGCGUUUUCUUGUGGACAGGCGAAGACGAUUGAAACACGUUACUGUUUUGGGUUGUGUUCCUUUUGACCAAUCGAAAUCGGGAUUUUCCGAUCCGAAAUUUGAUUUUUCGUUGCAUCAAGGAGUAAACCAAUCUAAGAUUGCAGUCUGAACGAUCCACCUCUGUACUUGGAUCGUUCAGAUUGGUAUCUUAAUCUGGUUUCAGAUUUUUGUUGCUUUUCGAUCGCAAGAACGUGCUGGUUGAUCAAUAAAGACGUUAGUUCAAGCAACAGUUAUUUAUAUUCCCCCUUUGUUCUAUGCCGCUAAAGGAUUGUGGUAUAUUAAACUUAAGUUCCACUGUAACUAAAUCCGUAAGGAAGCGAAAACGCUUGGAUUUUCUCACCGAUUGAAAGUUGUCCAAUGUGUGUGUGUUUAGAGCCCAGUGGGGGGCGGGGGCGGUACUCCGGAGUUUAAGUGACAGCGAUGAUCAAAUGGGGAAAAAAUCAAAGCCCCCAAAAUUUCUGGGGCUUCAAACAAAACCCAAAGAACUCCCUGGACCAAAAUUUAACCCGCAAAAGAAUCCCGUGCCGAGCCAUAAAAAUUUCCAGGAAGCGUUAAAUGAUAUAACAAUCAUAAAUCUUCAGAUAGUUUUGAAUACCCAAAACAAUCUCUACGUAAAUCAAACUGCCCAAAAAACUUGCGAAAAUUUUCCUACUUAAACAAAUCCCGGAAUCGAAAAUUUCCAAACAAAUCCUUUGAUCAUCCCUGUCACUUGAAAUCCGGAGUACCCCCCCCCCCCCCCCCCCCAUACUCGCUAUGCGCUUCUCAGCACUUGAGAAAUUGCAAUUGUCUUCUAAAUGUUCUUGAAUCAAAUUCCAGAUAAUUUUAAGUUGACAAGUGGUAAUAGCAUGAAUAACCACUAGUUAAAGAGUAACGUUUCUUUCCAUUUCUCCACUAAGAGAAGACGCUGAGUUUGGCGGAAAUUGAUGAAUUGCGAAUAAAAUCAGAGCAUCAGGCAGCUGCUGUAUGGAUCAAUCCAGUUAUUUGAAAUGUUCUUCCGGCAAGCACGAAACUCCAAGCAAUCUGGAUUUUUUUGGACCCGUACUGUCCGGAUAUUAGGGUGUGAUAACCAAGAUUAGACAAUUUUGUAAUCGUUUUGAAAUCUUGAUAUCAGCAAAAAGAGUUUUGAAAAUGAGGCAAAGUUUACGUUAGGUUUAUAGAAAAAAAGCUUUGGUUUACCAUGUUUAUCACCGCCUCUCGCCGUGUUUUUCUUUUUUCAUCAAUCUAGUAUGAUGACCUGAGAAGAUACUGGCGAAACAAGUUUUACCAGUUAUCUCUGAUUCUCUGCAUUUUGUAAAAUAAAAUUAAAGGAAUAUUUAACAAUAGUUUCUGUUAAGUCUAAAUACAAAUACACUAAGGGACUUAUAAGUCAAUUCACAAUUUAGCGAGGCAAAAAAAAUUAAAAUGUACAGAUUGGACAUAGGAUAUUAAAUAAGUGAAUGUGAUCAUAUCCGCUGGAAAAAUGGCUAAUUUAAGAAAAUUAGUUAGCUGAAAAAAGUACAAAAAUCCAUCGAGAUAAAAAAAGCUAUAGAAAUACUAGCUGAAAUUUUUGAAAAAUAAAUCCAUCAUCCGAACUUCAAGAGUCUGUCAAGCCAAGCUCGUUAAAGAACUCUUCAGAUUUAGUUUCUCUUACAUACGCUGGAUACUAGUUCCGGUGCGCCUCGUUUUUUUUUUUUUUUUAUUCAAGUUUAUGCAAGCUGGAUUUUUCUGCAUUCAGUAUCAAACUGAAGUUAGUGGAGUCGAACUAAUCCGUCUAUGGCCUGCGUGGCAGGUGCUUGAAACGGAAGGGAAAGUGGGUGUUUUGGCGCCCCCUCGCGUUUCGUUCGCGCUCAAAACCCCCUUUCGCUUCCCUUUCAAACGCCUGUCACGCAGGCUAAUCCGUCUAUGUUGGCGUAUUUUGAUGAGGGAGUAGCCGUCUGUCUGUGCAUGGGCGGCGGCCGAUAAACUGUCUUUAUUCUUUAGUGUCAUGAAAACGACCAAUCCAGCAUUUAUGUCUUGCACUGUACUUGCUCCCGAUAUUGGUCCCGGCGUAACCACUUGAACUGCCGUUCGGUAAUGGAACUUAAUCGAACUCAGUCGAAGGUUUGGGUUCGAUUAAGUUCGGUAAUCGAACACAGUCAAACCAAAAAAAUCGUGAGAGUUCUAUUUCCGCACCCAAUCGAAACAAUGGAACUUAAUUGAACGUUCUAAUCUACACUCAAAAUAGGCAAGAACAAAGCAACAAAACAAUCAGAUUAUCUACGAUCAUGAAGAAUAAAUGUUCCGGGUUUAGGGAAAGUUCAUUUAAUAUGACAAGGGGGGGCGAUGAAGAUAUUGAAACUCGAAGCUUGAAAUUUUAGCAGCCCCCUCGCUAGCGGUUCAAUUUUUUAGGAGCCCCCUCCUUGAUAGUCGAAAAAAAUUUAGAGCCCCCCCCCCCCUCCUCCUUCAAUUUGCUCCCCUGAAAAAAGAUCGCUGGACUGUAUUAAAUAUAUUUACCGUUAUUGUCUUCAAUGGUUUAUACUAUGACAAACUUAAGAUACAGUUGUGAUACAAUUUUCUAAAGCAUUUUUGGGAUGAACAAGAGUGUAAUAAUUACUGAGACUACAUUUGUUAUGUCUGUAAACCACGUGAUAUAGCUGAGUUGCACAGGUCAUUAAAUUGUUGAGUUGAAAACCAUCCGAUCUGUAUGAUGAUGUCAUGUGUUGGUUUUCAAGUAUACAAAUUUUCGGAGCCCCCCCUCCUAGUGCAACAUUUUUUUCAGAGCCCCCUUCGGGUGUCUAAAAUUUUCGGAGCCCCCCCUCAAUAUCUUCAUCCCCCCCCCUUGUCAUAUUAAAUGAACUUUCCCUUAUUGAAUUCACUUGAUCGCUAUGUUUUACGGGGUGUUUCAAAAGUUCGUUCCGAUUGUAAAUUGUAUUUUGAACAAAGUAUUUAAUGCUUCCUGAGGCAAAUGUAAACUGAUUAAGGUAGGAAAUUUAUCUAAAUAACCGUUCAAGGCAAUUUUAAACUAAAAUUUGAAGAAAUUAUGACAUUUUUUAAAUUUUUUCCCCAAGUGUGCAGGUACGCGAAUUUUUUCUCGCCAUGUUUUUCCUGUCCAUUUUGUAGGUUUCCUGUUUUCGUUUUUGUGGCGUUUUCUUUUGUUUUCUCUACUCUUUCUCAAAAAUGAAGGCGUACACUGUUUGUGCUAGAGCUCAGGCAUCUAUUUUUUACGUACUCUGUCCAUUUAGUCAAAGAAAUUGUCAAAUUGUUGAGGAAGUCUGAACGAUGAGAGAACAAGUGGUCAAAAGUAAAGACCUUCCAAGACAAACCAAGGAGUAGAUGGCUAGUUUUCUUUUUUACAAACUGUGUGAAAAAUGUUAUCGAAAAAGCUGUAAAUAUAUGCGUAAUACUUCAACAAGACUGCAAGGUAAAAAGAAAACUUCAACUUCACAGUAUCAAAGUUUCGAGCACAAUGGUAUGGAAAUAAGUGAGUAAUGUGACCAACAAAGGUUGGAAAGCCUUGAAGAGAAAAAAUUAUUCUCAUGCCAUGCAGGCAUGGCAUCAGAAGAAUUUGCAAACUUCAUACCAAAGGACGACCGGCCGGCAAACUCACAUGAUGCGAACCCUCUAGUAACCAUCUGGAUUAUCGUUGACGAGACAACAUACAAUUAGAUCCAGCCCCCAAAACACUGGACUAGCUAAGACAGCGACCACGCUUCACCUGGGAAAUUGUGAAUUUAGACACGCUAUGGGAGCUCGUACAUUCUAUACCUCACCGCUUAGAAAAUGUCAGAAAUCAUAAAGGAAGACAUUCUGGUUGCUAAUAUUUCAGUUAGUCAAUGUUAAAUGAAUAAUGAAUAACAUGCUUAGGUUUACCAAAGUUAUCUUUAAUAAUCAGUGAAAUUUAAGUGAAGAAAAGAUCGGAACGAACUUUUGAAACACCCUGUAAUGUAGCGCUGCUUAGUUUCCCUGGUCCACGUGGGAGAUACGAAAGUGGAGGAGCUCUGAACCUAACAGGGACGCUUUAACGGAACAUAAUAUUCACUCUGUGAUUGAGGAUAAAAUUGCAAUAUAGCAGCAAUAGUCUUGUUCUUCCCCGGUAUUCUUGUUCUUCUUCUUGCAAAAAAUACACUAUACUGUACACUGAUCCGCCACAACCACUCCCGGAAUAUACUCAGUCGUAUCCUAUAAAAAGUAUCCUAUAAAAAGUAAACAUUCGGGAAAAUACGCGCAAUUUUCCUUUAUAACGUCCCAUUUUUAAUCGAAUGAAUGCCAACUUCGACCAUCGAACCUAAUCGAACUCAAUCAAAGUUCGAUUGGGUUUGAUUUAAUAACUAUUUUUUUUUUUGCGAGUUCUAUUGUGUUCGAUCACCGAACUUAAUCGAACAUUAUCGGCCGAUUAAAAACGUUCUAUUCAGUUCCAGUGGUUCCGCCGGGAUUGGUAGAGGAAAGUUUGAAAGCAGAUUUCAUCAUCCUCCGACUUGUAGCAACCAGCUUAACAUGACUUUUAGAACAACUGACAAUCAGUCCAUUGUCACUGAGAACCGUAUUUAUAAAAUAAUGGAAUUCUCUUUAAAGGACAAGAAACGCGGGAAAACACCAGAAGUAAAAGUUCAAUCACAGAGUCAGAUAUGGAUGCGUUUUGUUGUAUUUUGUUAGUAACCGGGGACCGUUUUUCAUUGAUCUGAUCAAAGUUCGUGGUUUUCACUCCACCCCGGCGCUCCACACCCGCCUCGGGCUUGGCCUUGCUUGCUUGAAAAACUCGAAAAAAUAACUCAUGGGGCUGUAGCCUACAGGAAUAUGGCCAACGAGAACAGCCCUCACUACACCAAACACGUUUCUUGUUGUCUAUCCCUAACCUUCCAUCACUUCCAUCGGAAAAACGAUUUGCACAUAGAAGGAAGAGAGGCUACAUAAAAGUAAAUGCGCUAAAAGUACAGUAAUUGAAUUCCUUGAAACUACCAAACAAACAAACAAGUAAAAAAAAACCCUAGCUCACAUUCUUCUCCUAACCCUCCCAGCCAUGUCAUCCAGCUCACAAUCUCCGACGAUCUCCGACGAUCAUCCUCGACGGACCUCCGACGGACCACCUGCGUGUUUUUGUACUCUCCCCAGGAUUCUCUCACAAUUCAAAAUUAAGAUGGCGGCGGAUGUGUGAAUCUGUGAAUCCUCCAGACAGGCCAUUUCUUGGUUGCAUUUUCCCUCGUGUGAUUUGAUCAAGGCGGAAAUGUCUUGUUACUUAAGGUAAGACAAGCUUUCAGUACAUUAAGAAUACGUUAGUCACACAGGUUACACAGGACAUUGCCGUCCUCUUGCGAAUCUUUCAGUGACACUGCAAUGGUUUUUGAAGGUAAUACAGAUCGUGAUCGCAUCGAUCACUUGAUUUAAACUGCAUUCGGCAUUUAGUCAAGCAUAUCAUUCCGAUUGCAGCGUAACUGGGCCGAUAAACCAAUUUAUUUCUGAUCAUUUUACACGCCCUGUAAGCUUCGGAAGUUGAUCUAAAAUGUGCGAACGUAGAAGUGUCCUUCAUUGCACUUUGACUGAAAAUAAAAUAAUGUUCUAGGGAGAAACUGUUCGUUCUUCUAAGGGCAUCUCUUACUUUAAACAAAACAGCAGAUUUUAUCCCGUGUAAUUUUCUGAUCAACUCUUCACUGUAAUAUAUUAGUCAGGUCUCUUAAGCUGCUUAAGGUCAGGAUCGUUACAGAGCUGACAAAAGCACCAAACUUUGCACAUCGAUAGCUUAUUGCAGUACCAGGAAUAUUAGAGGGGGUGCCCAAUGCAAAUAUGCCACUGAAGCGUGCUUAACGGGAUUUAAUUAUGGUAAAUUUCACCUGGUGGGAUCCCUGUGGUGCUUUGAUUGAAAAUUGUUAUUUAAUACCUUAAAUCACUCAGAAUGCUCUUCUCAUGUUGUGAACAACAAUUUCACUCGAACAUCUGGCAUUCCCAUCCAUUAUUAGCUUAUUGAUUGUAUAAUUAAGUUGAUUAUUACUGUGCCCUUAAAGCAAGUCCACAGUCCGCCCACAUUUUCAUAAGUCAUUUCUAAGGUGGCCUCGUCUUUGCUUCAAAACUUGCAAGUACUCAGCUUCUUGGGUUCUCUUCUCCUUUUCUAAUGUACUUCGAUUAGAGGAGGCCUUUUUGUAUGGCUUAAGCCUUAUUUAUCAAGUAUUACUUGUCGUUACACGUCACUUUAAGCUAAAGAAAGCGUAUGGCAUAGCGAUUCACACACAAAAUUUCAGAAAAAAGAAAUUCUCAAAAAGUCUGUUGUAUCACAUAUUAUCAGGGAUUUAUGACAGCUGUUCAUGAAGAGCAAAUAACGAAAUGACAGAACCCAAAAUAGUUCUUUCCUAGGGAGGUAAUUUAUUUUUCAGCUUAACAUAGGCCUGGAUGCCUUUCAGUCUCUCUUUAUCAGCUGGACGCACGUGCAUGUUUUGACAGAGAAGCAAGCAUCGUGGCACAAGUCAUAUCAUUUACAAUUCCCGAAGUUUGUCUAAGCUUUACAAAAGCAAAAACAAUCAAAAAAGAAUCUGGUCUCAUAAACGAAAAAAAGAAACAAGUUAGCCCAAGCUUCAAAAAACAACACAGUUUAUUAUGAAGCCUCUACAUUUGGCACUGAAGCACUCAUGUCCAAAAAUAAUAACAGCUUAUCAAGUCGCAAAAGUGAGACUCAAGUGGUACAAGAUUGACUCAAAUGAUAAAUGGUGAAUGGUUUAACUGCUGAAACUGUAGAAAGGGAGCCGGGCUAACUUUUAGGGCCUGUUUACAUAGAGGAGAGAGACCUCAGGUAGGCAUUGUAACCCACUUAGGUGGGGUAACCCGCCUGUCCAUAUAAUCUGUCAUUUUAAUUUGAUCACGUUUACAUGAUAGGUGGGGUGACCCUGCAAGGUGGGUAGCCCGGUCUGCCACACCAGGUAACCCUCUCAGCUGAGGUCAAAUUUUGCUUUGUCAGCGUUUCAAGGUGAGGUAACCCAGGCUAGUCGGGGUCGGAUUUGUGAUACAUCAAAUUUGCGUAAACUUCACUUUGGCGCUGGGUGGCUUCACAUAACUAUUAAAGGUAAAAAUAGAAAGCCACAACACUGAAGGUUGCAGCAAGAGCAGCAAGUGAGCGUAGACGUGGUUUGCCAGCACUUUCUUGUUUUUCGUGUUUAGCGACCAUUCAAUAAUCUUGAGACAAUGUACCCCAGGAUGGCGGGGUUGUAAGAUUGCAUGUAAAGGAGGGUUAUUUUUUUACGCCACCUACCUGGGGUCCCCCACCUUUAUGUUAACAGGCUUUAAGUCUCAGGAACCGUGAAACUGGUAAUAAACGGUAUACCUAACUAGCUGUGGUACUACUUCCAUCUUCAAGAACGUCAGCAUGGCAGCCAAAGGAGCCAUUAUAUCAGUGUAACACGAGUAUUAGAUUGCGGUUGUUUCAUGCGUCUCGUUUUGUGAUUUUUUUUGUGUUCGUUUUUGUCACCAUCUCUAAAUUUCAAUCAUGUUCAAAACACCUCUACUAACAAAAUAUUUCGUAAAGCUCUUUUAAAUGAUAUUCAGCAAUAAAAGCAAGGUGUGACCAGGAGCCGAUUUGUAGGCUCCUGGUGUGGCAACAUAGGCAUAAGUGAAUGCAAAGUUUUGUGGUAUUUCAUCUGUCAGAAAUCCGUUUGAGUGAUCAAAGUUGGGGCUGAUGGGCUUCUUUAUCAUAACCACUACAUCAUUGUAAGGGACCAGGCCAUAAUUAUUGUUGACCCUUGCUUUUUUUGGUAUUUCUUUAAUUUUCCACAGCAUUAUUUUGUGAAAAGUUGGUCACUGAAUUGCUCUUGAGGAAUUCAUGAUCGUAAGAUUUUGUAACCACAAGGUAUUCGCCUAAUUGCAUCAAACAAAUUGCAUUCAUUUUCAUAAAUGAUGCAUCAUUGGUUGGCUAAAAGAGGCCUUGUUCCUGUAAAUUUCAUCUCUUCUGAAGUUAGUUUGUUUGUAAAUUGCAACGCACGACCUUCUUUUUUGGAAAGAUCGUAUAGACCUAUCAUUAAGACUCUGGUGCAAGGACUCUGAACUGAAUGAGCUGCUUACAGGUGUCUAGGCAUGCAGGGACCUCAUACACUUCUUUUUAAAUGCAAAUGUGUAAAAAAUAGUGUUAAAAAUUCCUGGAGAGGCAUGUUUUACAACCUCGUCCCCAGGGCUUAAUAAAAAGGUAGAAAAAGGUAAAGCGAUCAUAUUUUACGUCAAUAACUCGUGACGGUGAUAGUAACUAAUAAACUUGAGGUUGACGGUGCGCUCCUUUUACCCCCCUCUCUCCAUCAAUGCUCCGUUUUAAGGGUACUUAAAGCUAGUCAAAGCUACACAGAAAGGAGAGAAGUUGAAAUAAGGAGGUGUUGACACUGGGGAUCGAACUCGGGACCUCGCGCACCGAAGGCUGCACAUUAACCAGCUGUGCUACCCUUGCUCCUCCUUUUCCCCCUGAGGACAAGGUUGACAUCUUUUAAUCAUUAUCUCAAGGAAAGGGUUACCAACGAAGCAAAUUAUAAUCUAAUCUUAGUUGCACAAUUACAAAGUGGGCGCGUUGUCAGUUACGUUUCAUGAGGUCGUUCAUGUGGCAUGUCAAAAUUUAACGAUUCUAUCGUUUAGGAUGUGAUGCAUUUGGGUUUUAUGUUAUUGUAUGACAUCUUUGAAAGCUGGCUUUGUGAUCUGCUUAAAUUCAAUUCAAUUCAAGUCUAAAAAUUCAAGUCUUAGUAGAAAUGCCGUGUCCAAACUCGACGAAAUACCGAUACCGAAUUCUAUGAUUGGUCACGUUUAAGCUGUACCCAUCUCGGGAGUUUGCCACCUCAAGCAUGUAUGCACCAGAAAUCAACUUUAGACAUCGGGAGAAAACAUGAGAAGACCUUUUAUUGAUCGGUAGAACGAUUGAAAAGCUCGGUCAUUACCAUUAAGUCUAAAGUCUAACUUUUAUUAACCUGUUUAGCUUACUGUGGUUCGUUCUGAACAUUGUAUUAACCUGUAUUAGACAGGAGAGUGAAAUUGAAUGGUACUGCAAUACCAUGAACGAUCUUCUUUUGCCGAAUACCGUAAACGAAAAGGAUGAAAAACCGCAUACCGCAGGGCUAGAUGAUACCGCAAUACCGCAUAUUAAAAUCAAAAUUACCGAAAUACCGCUUGAAAAAAAGCUCAAUACUGCAAUACCGUAAACCCGCAUGUCCCCCUCCGCACAGUGAACAUGGCCACACUUACCGUGUGGAGACUGGGCACUAGUCAGUAUUAUGUACAUGUAAAACUAUUUUGAAUAGUGUAACAACAACUAAACAUUACCAAAUUAAAAACAUAAAAAUUUGAAACAAAUGUUUUUUAGCCAAAUCAAACAAGAAGAGUACUUGCCAUAGGGAACCCAAUCUGCUAUUAUAGGUGAAAGUUAACCCCCCCCCUUUUAUCUGUAAUUAGGACCAUUUGUAACGGGCACCCCCUCCAGUAUUAAUCGGUAGGUGCUAAGGAAGCUCUGUGCCAAAUAUGACACUUUUGUCACGUCUGUAACGAUCCGACCUAUAUUUUGCACUAAGAGACCUGACUAUAUCUCUUAGUAGUGUAUGUAACAUCACUCCUUCCAGCCUGAGUGAUUUUUAUCUCAUCUCACAACAAAUCAAGUGACUUCGCUUCAGGGGUAGGAAACUACAAUCGGCAACAAAAUUAUUGAGGCGUUUUACUCAACUAGGGUAAUAAGUACAGAGAAGAAAAGAAUCUACCUCCCUCCCCACUCGCCUUCAUUCAAAGUUGCAGUUUUUGUUGCUUUAACUGUAGGUAGCUCGAACAGCGGCACAACAUUGCAUGGAGGGAUGGUGGAGCGAAAGCUUUAUUUCCCAUUUAGAAGUCAGUAAAGCAUAGGCUUUAGGGCAAGGUGUCUCAACUACAUUGUAAUUUUGUCGCCGAUCGUAGCUGUAGAUUGUAGCAAUACACACUUACCUCCACUUAAGGAAAGGAUAAGAAAAAUAGAGCAGUUUAUUGAAUGUUGAUUAAUUAUGCAAAAAUCGUAAUUGAAUAUGAUUUAUGCACAAAUGUUCCUUUUUUUCACUCUAAUGAAUGGAUCUUUGUGCUAUUGAUUGCCGUUUCAUGCAAUUAAACACAUAUUUUCUCGUAAUAAACAGCAAAAGGUGUAAUUCUCAUAAACGUUUCUUUUGAUGAUGCAUGGAUGUCGUUAGGAGAAAAUUAAUGUUGGUCACUAUUGGGACUUAAAGCGAAAUUUGUUGUAUCCCGCUGUGCAUUUUGCAUAUUUUGGGUUUUUGUUUUCCCUCAAUCAUCUUAGCGGACCUCUUAGGAAAUUUAUAUUUACUUGCAUGAGUUCAAAAGGUCAUGGUUUGUCAUUUGUGAUUGGUGGAUCUCGAUCUGUUUUGUUUGUUUCCUAUUACAAGGCUUGUUGCUUUGUGGUCGUCCUGUUUUGGGCAAUAAUCGACUAGUUAAGUUUGCUUCGCAAAUUUUUAUGAUCUUUCUCAAUCUUGUCACUUGCAAGAAUAAAGCAGUUUCUGCGUCCUUCCUUCUACAAAAAAUCUACUCACCAUCGCGAUUUCCUUCACUAUUCUUGAGCAGUCGGAGUCAUUCUCAGCCAAGCUGGGCGAACACAUUACAUACUGAUUUGCUUUAACCUCGCCUCACUAAAAUGCAUGAUUGACAGAACAGAAAAACCCAAAAUCCGUUUUAAGUUUGCAAAAUGUGCAGUGCAAUACAACAAAUUACCCUGUAAAGGGUUAACAAAGUGUCUAUGUCUAUGUCUAAAUGAUCUUGAAUAACCGCCAUGAAAAUUUUCAAAAACUGAUAUGUUUUUGCAAGCCUUUCAAGAGUUUCGACAAAACAUACAGCAAAAAAUAGGGAGGUGUAGAUAACGCUGAAUAAAUGAUAAAAUAAACCUCUAAUUGUACCAUUUGUGUUCGUAGCAAGAUAGAAAACACUACAAACUUGCAAAAUUAAAAAUAAAAUACUUUUUGUCAUGUGUAAAUGAAAUCUCUUGCUUUUCCAUGCAUCACGACUUUGUAUCAUUUUACUACAUGCAAUAGUGACGUAACAUUUCUAAUGCUGGGGAAAAGGUCUUGAUUUUAUCAUUGACAGUUUUUCUAAGGCUAUAAAAUUCAUUUGACUCCAUUUUGAGACAAGCAACUUGAACUACAGUCUGCAGCAAGACAAGUGCUUAUUUGUUUCCGUUUUAUUGGCGGAAAUAUUUUUUUCCUAUGGCUGAUGACCAAACAUUUUCUGUUUUUGCUUCAAAAGUGCAGAAUGAGAGGGGAAUUUUGUUGUUAAUUGAACAGAAGUUAUCCUGAGAAUUAUGAUUUUCAUGCACCUGUUCAGGCUUUUUGUUUCAAAUUCUGGUUGUCCAUAAGUAAAAUUGUAGGAGCCUGUGGUGACCAGGCCCCCAUUAGGCGGUAGCCUUGACACUGCCUAAUGCAAAGCAAGUAAACACAUACCUUGAGAAGUAUAAAAACAGUUUUGAUAGUUCAAAAGUUAGACUUCAUACAAAAAUACUGAGUCAACUUUCCAAACUUUCAGAUAAACCUUUCGCUGUUCCUUUUUUUUAACUUUGCAUAUGCACUUGUACAUGCAAGUGCUCUUGGCUUUACCAUUUGUUGUUUUUGCGAAUGGUUGUUUUUAUUUUUCUUGAGAAAUAGCCUGCAGUGCAGGCGUUUUCUUUGAAUGCGCAAUUUGCUUGCGAAAGCACCAUGUUGAAACUUCCCUAGGAGAGGAGGAGAUGGGGCGAGUCAAAGGGAGCAGGGAGGGGGUGGCGCAUCCUCGGAGACCCAGGGGCAGAUAAAGGGGGUGAGGGAAAUUCUAAACGGGCGGAAAAAUAUAUAUGGAACAAUGAAAAGUAAAGAACAGCGAGAAGAGCCCCUGGGAACAAUGUCUUACCAGACCAGUUCCAAAUGGUCGCUGCUGUUCUGGCUUCUGAUUGGUGCCAGAAAACCAAUCAGAAGCCAGAAUGGCGGCGACCGUUUGGAAAUGGUCUGGUAAGACAUUGUCCCCAGGGGCUCUUCUCCCAGUUCUGUACUUUUCUUCGUUCCAUAUAUAUUUUUCCGCCCGUUUGACUUUCCCUCGUCCCCACUAUCUUCCCCUGGGUCUCCGAGGAUGGGGGUGGCGAGAGAGAAGAGAAAACGUCUGCCCGAAAACACUGUUAAAAUGAGAAACACCCCCUAAUUAGACAUGCAUGACCGCUCUUCCAGAAAUGAGUAGCCAACAAUAACAAAACAACCAAACAGUCGCUACAGUACGAAGACUCACAUUGCCUUAAGAAAAACGAGCUGGAGUUAAUCAUUGUUUUUAUUUUGACUGAGUCACAAUGCAAUUCUCUACAGCUGAUGAAGCUUCAGUUUAAGCUGCAAUUCCUCUCUGUAAAUCGCUAUCCAUGGGAGUUUAACAUCCUGCAAACAAUUUAAAAAACUAACGAGCUGGCCCAGCGUGAUACAACAUUGCAGGAAAACAUCACAUUUUCAGACUAGAAAGAAAAUCGCUUAGUUAUUCAGAUCCUGAAGCACUUUAGACUAAAAUAAAGAACCUAACAGCCUUAUUUAGCGACAAAAAGAGCUUUACGCUUCAAAAGAGGACAAAGAAAAUGCUCUUGCAUCAGAGGGCAAAUCAUGAAGACCAGAAAUUCAAAAGACACAGAAAAUCAAUAAGCGUGUCAUGACCUCUCAGUGUGAAACAAGCGGAUAAAAUCACACUUUUACCCUUGCACCUACUGUGAGGGUUAAUAUUUCCACUCUCCCCAAUCUUCCACUGUCAAAAUCAAAGAUGGCAACUACAGCAAUAUUACGAACACGAACAAGGUUUCGCCCACCCAAAAUACGCCUGCACUGCAGGCUUCUUGAGAAAUAAAUCGUGUCUCAAAGUCUGUUCAAGUGGUGAAUAUAAAAAAUGCUUGUUUCUCAAAACUGAAGACUCAAUGUUUGCGUUUUAAAACUCAAUUUGUUGUAGUUAAUAAAAAUAGGUUUAGGUACACUGGCUGUAGGGGUCUGUUCUUGAAAUACAAUAAAGCAAAUAAUACCUCUAGUACAGAAAAAAAGGGGAUUGGCCCUUGAAUGUUAGUUGAUCCUUUACUACUGUAUGCUACUAUUUAUGCCCAUGAGUUUGAUAAAUAAUAAAUUUAAAGAUCAUUGAUCAACAGAUUAGUGCAUUGUCUGUCGUGAGCUAGAAGUGUGACACAUCAAUAAAGUUACUGUCUUUAUUAAUGGGCCCCUAUAAAUGUAGCUUCUUAUUUGAGGAGCAUGAAGGGCUCCCAAAAAUUCUCUUAGCCACCAGCCUUGCUUUAAGGUUAGUGCAAAUGUUCACUCGCACUUCCUAACCAUUGGUUACCACUAGUUAUAGCAGUUCUAAAUUUGAUUUUGGUUUGAGAUAAAUGCAUUUCAAACUGGCAAAACCAGUGGUUCCAUAGCUGACUGUGUCCCUUAAUUUAAUCUAUAUAUUAAGGACAAAAAUCAGUUUUCUAAAAAAUUUAUUAUUAGUUAUUCUUUUUAAGUGUGACUUGAAAUCAUAUUCAUUAUUUUAGCUAAUAUAUGCGCCCCUCUUUCUUGGAAAAAUGGCCACCUACAGAAUAACAACAAGCAUGGCCACUGGACUCUUACCAAGAGUCAACUUCAUUCCCAGGGUCUCUCAUCUUCUCGCCCAAGCAAGAGAGGAGAGACCCUGGUUCUCCUCUCUCGCUUGGGCGGGAAGAUGAGAGACCCUGGGAAUGAGGUUGACCAAGAGUAAGAGAAUAAGCCAAUUCCUAGAAUAAACCCUGUUACUCUUUAGACCAAAUAAAUAAGUCAUAGAUGCGAUAACCCUUUAAGCUUCAAGAUCAACAUGGAAAUUCUCCACACUGGCCUCCAUACAAUUUUUGAAAAAUUGGUUGAGAGAAUUUGUUUAAAGAUCAAAGCAUAUUUCCUUGAAGUGAUCAUUUUAUUAAUUCUCAUAACCUUUCUACUUGAUUAUAUACUGAUGUUGUGUGAGGCAAAAAUUGAUGUUGAUCACUCCUGGGACUUAAAGGGAUAAAUAAAAUCACGACUGUAACACUUCAUGUGGACUGAUCUUGUAUGGAAGUUUUGAUUUAUUUUUGAUCUUCCAAUUUCAUGUGCUUGAGUGUUUCCACUUUGCAUUCCAGUGUUAUUAUGAAGAAUCAAUUAAUCAACCCUUUAGGUGAUCAUUUCAAGAAAUAAUAUUAAGAAAUCCCCAAGCGCUUUACAUUUUGAGAAAUUUGGAAAAGUUCGAAAAAUUCCAUAAAAUACAUUUUUUAAUUCGCGAAAUUGCUGCAAAUUUCAACAAUUUUUAGGGAAGCAGUACAAGCGUGCAAAAGCUCCUAUUGAGUUGAUGUUGCACAUGCAGUUACUAGUUACCCAAAGCCUUAAGACUGCAUAAAAGUGUCUCGCAAAAUAACUUUUGUAAUACAGUUUUGGGCUUUUAUUGCUUGCACCUUGAUUGUGUGUUGUUUUGGUGGUCAAAAUAACGCCCGACUUUAACCGCAAAAAGUCAAUCCUGGUAUGUCUCAAAUUUAAAAUAAUAUGAUUAUACUACAUGAAAGAGCUGUGAUUCUUUUAACUAGAUCUGAAGUUUUAAAUAUAACGACUCGGGCCACCGUAAGCGACAAGAACGUGAAAUGUAAACAAAGCGAAAACCGUGUAAACAAAGGAGAAAAUAACACCAAAGUUAUUUCUAGUCCACCAAAGCGUAAAGAAAUGAUGAAAAUUUCGGUAUCUAAAUAGGUAUUGCUAUCUGAAAAACUAAAAAGGCGAAAUUGUCUGUCGAAAAAUAUAAAAAGAAAAAAAUAUAUCCUGAAAAACGAGCAACUGAGAAUCGCGUCGGGUGACCAUUUAAUUCUGAACUCAGAAGUAAAAUUGCUUCAAGAUGGUCAAGUCCAAAAGGCUUCAAGAACUGUUUUCGAAAUGGCCCAAUAAACUAUCGAUGAACUAUGCCAGAUGAUAGAUUUACUUUGGUAAAAAUGAACAUAACACGAAGUCGGAAUCAUGAUUACAAAUGACACUUAUACAAAAUGAGUUUUAAAUGCAAGUCCUGGAUUUUUCAAAGUUACUUUUCAGUGUCCAUUUUUUUCUCAUGAUGCAAGGCUCUGCAUCUCACCUUCAUAACAUGAUUUGAAAACUAGCAAAUAACUGAAGGUUCAAUAUUCUGCAUAUUUGUUAAAAGGUUGCAGCCUACAGUUGGUUCCCAAAUGAGACCUGUAACUUGAUAUCAUGUUAUGUGUAUGGUAAUUUGAAUAAAUUACCCUGGAGCCCCUUCACGCAAUCUUCCACAGGGUAUAAAUGACACAUGCUAUCAUCUUUAGCUCCAGCAAAGUCAAAUGUAAUGUAAAGCACUUAGGGAUUUCUUAAUGUCAUUUCUUGAAAUAGAUCACCUGAAUGGUUGUUUGGGUGAUAUAAGCCAAAAUUCAAAUUUUUAGAACUGAUUUGAUUUUCCCGAUAUUUUCUGCCAUUGGCUCUUAAGGUGGCUCCGUAAUAAAUAUGGGCGCAUAUAGCUGUGAUGAAGGUUUCGUCAUAGCUUUUUUGUUUUUGAUGCGAUGGCUGAGAAACUUUGCAAAGAAUAACAGAUAUCAUCCGGCAAUAAUAUGAAAUAUUCCAGUUUCAUUGAUGGUAAAUAUAUUUUGCUCAAUUAGGGCUUAAAAGGACCCCUCUGUUCAAAGAAAAUCGCGUCUAGUAAUAAUAUUUGCUGAUAUUUUUUUUUACCGAAAUUUCUGGUAUCGGCUUUAAUUGACAUAAUAAAUAUGCCAGAGGAAUUUCAGAAAAAUCAUUGGAGCAGAAGUCCGUAACUAAAAGUCGCUGAAAAUUCAGCUGUAAAAUUGUUUUGGAAUUUCAAAAAUAAAUUACUAUCAGGUAGAAGGAGCCACCAGUUUGAAUUUUCGGGACAAGUAAAUUCAAUGUUUGCUAAUUCUGAAAACAAAAGCUGAUUGCCUAAAGUGCUAUUCUUUAAAAGGUACUGUUUACUUUGAGAACCACUAUAAAUUGCUCCAAACCUUGCUCUGAAGUUGAAUGACUUGUUUUUUAAAAUAUCCCUUGGCAGUUUUGGCUCAAACUCCUGUUGCAUAUAUUUUGAUGUAUUGCAAUGCAUUUUCAAAGACUUUUACUGCUGUUCAUUGCUUCCAACUCAGGAAAAAGGUAUUGAGAUUGGACGCUACCUCGUAUCAGAUCUCAGAUAGAACUGUCAAGCACCUUUGCUUAUGACUACAAAAAGAGCACGAGUGGCAGUUCUACGAAGAAUUCACACCUCACCCAGGGGGGACGAACGACAAUGAUGCCCAUGCCUGUGAACCGAAUUAAAUCAGAGUGCAAAAUAAAAUUAUUGCAAACAUAAUGCCCAUGAAUAAAUUUACAACUCUGAAAUUUCUGUUACUCCUUCCGUCAAUGAAUGGGUAGUUUUUUCUUGAUUAUUAUGUUUUGCUCUGCAGUACAUGCUUAUACAGAUCGGUUCGCAAACAUGGGCACCAUUGUCAUUCAUUCCCCCUAGCUGAGGUGCGAAUUCCUUGCAGAGCUACCGCUUGUGCACAUUUUCUGGUCAAAAACAGGGGUGCUGGACAGUUCUAUCUGAGCUUCGAUACAAGGUAGCUUACAAUCCCAAUACCUUUUUACUGAAUUGGAAACAAUGUACAGCAGGAAAAGCUGUUGAGGAUGCAUUGCAAUACAACAAAAUGUAUGUAGCAGGAGUUUGAACCAAAACUGCCAAGAGAGAUUUUAAAACUGUUGAGGCACAACUCAUUCGACGUCAGAGCAAGGUUUGGAGCAAUUUAUAGUGCUUCUAAAACUAAAAAGUACCUUUUAAAGAAUAGCACGAUAGGCAAUCAGCUUUUGUUUUCAUUUGUAGCAAACACUGAAUUUACUUGUCCCAAAAAUUCGAACUUGUAGCUCCUUCUACCUGAUAGUCAUUUAUUUUUGAAAUUCCAAAAUAAUUUCACAGCUGAAUUUUGAGCGACUUUUAGUUACCGACUUCUGCUGCAACAAUUUUUCUGAAAUUUCUCGACAUAUUUAUUAUGUCAAUGAAAGAUGAUACCAGAAAUUACAGUUAAAAAAAAUCAGCAAAAUUUUUUACUAGACACGAUUUUCUUUGAACACUAGGGUCCUUUUAAGCACAAGUUUCUCAAAAAAUAUUUACCAUCAAUGAAAUCGGAAUAUUUCGUACUAUUGCCGAAUGAUAUCUGUUGUUCUUUGCAAAGUUUCGCCUCCAUCGCUCUAAAAACGAAAAAGUUAUGACGGAAAAUUUGUCACAUCUAAAUGCUCCAAUAUUAAUGACGGAGCCACCUAAAAUAACCCUCCCCCUCUCUAAUAAUCCUCCCCCUCUGUUAAUCUCCCCCAUCAAACAUGCUUGAAAUGCCAAUGCCUCCAGGGAGCUUGAUAGAGGAUUUAUAGUUAUACAGGUUUCACUAUAUUGUCUGUAUGAAUGCUGUAUGAUGAACCUUAAUUACCAUUAUUUUAAAAGUGUGUUAUUUUACUAACCACAAGGAACUCUCAGAUCCAAAUACAAAGUCAGCAAAUAAUCAACUGACCCAUAUUGAUGGAUUCUCUAGUUCGAAGGGUUCAUGUAAAAUUUUAGGUAUGUAAUCAGCUGGUUUAUGGAGUGGAACCACUUUUUCUUGAGUGGGUGUCUUAAAAGUUUUCUAAUUUUCCGCAUGUCCCUGACAACACCACCUUUAACCUACUCCCUUCAGGCCUCUCACCACCAAGGCGCAAAGUUUAUGCUGGUGGCAACAAAACAAAUAAUGUGCUGCAUUUAACUAAUAAUGCUUCUUCUUCCUUCCAAAGGUAUCCUACCUAUAAAACCUUUAAAGAACAGCAACCUCAAUGUCCUUUAAGUGUCAGCAGUGUGGCAAGUGUUUCAGCGAAGCAGGACACCUAAGGACUCAUGAAAGAGUUCACGCUGGGGAAAAGCCUUAUGAAUGUAAACAGUGUGGAAAGUGUUUUAGUGUAGCAGUUGCCCUAAGGAAUCAUAAAAGAGUUCACACUGGGCAAAAACCUUUUGACUGUAAACAGUGUGGCAAGCGUUUUAGUGAAGCAGGACACCUAAGGACUCAUGAAAGAGUUCACACUGGGGAAAAGCCUUAUGAAUGUAAACAGUGUGGCAAGUGUUUUAGACAGGUAGGACACCUAAAGGGUCAUGAAAGGGUUCACACUGGGGAAAAGCCUUACGAAUGUAAGCAGUGUGGCAAGUGUUUUAGUGAAGCAGGACACCUAAGGACUCAUGAAAGAGUGCACACUGGGCAAAAGCCUUAUGAAUGUAAACAGUGUGGAAAGUGUUUUAGUGUAGCAGCUACCCUAAGGAAUCAUGAAAGAGUUCACACUGGGGAAAAACCUUUUGAUUGUAAACAGUGUGGCAAGUGUUUUAGUGAAGCAGGACAACUAAGGACUCAUGAAAGAGUUCACACUGGGGAAAAGCCUUAUGAAUGUAAACAGUGUGGCAAGUGUUUUAGUCAAGUAGGACACCUAAAGCGUCAUGAACGGGUUCACACUGAGGAAAAGCCUCAUGAAUGUAAGCAGUGUGGCAAGUGUUUUAGUGUAGCAGGACACCUAAGGGCUCAUGAAAGAGUUCACACUGGGGAAAAGCCUUUUGAAUGUAAACAGUGUGGCAAGUGUUUUAGUGAAGCAGGAAGGCUAAGGAGACAUGAAAUAGUUCACACUGGGGAAAAGCGUUUUGAAUGUAAAGAGUGUGGCAAGUGUUUGAGCGAAGCGGGAAGCCUAAGGAGACAUAAAAGAGUUCACACUGGGGAAAAGCCUUAUGAAUGUAAACAGUGUGGCAAGUGUUUUAGUCAAGUAGGACACCUAAAGCGUCAUGAACGGGUUCACACUGGGGAAAAGCCUCAUGAAUGUAAGCAGUGUGGCAAGUGUUUUAGUGUAGCAGGACACCUAAGGGCUCAUGAAACAGUUCACACUGGGGAAAAGCCUUUUGAAUGUAAACAGUGUGGCAAGUGUUUUAGUGAAGCAGGAAGGCUAAGGAGACAUGAAAUAGUUCACACUGGGGAAAAGCGUUUUGAAUGUAAAGAGUGUGGCAAGUGUUUGAGCGAAGCGGGAAGCCUAAGGAGACAUAAAAGAGUUCACACUGGGGAAAAGCCUUAUGAAUGUAAACAGUGUGGCAAGUGUUUUAGACAGGUAAGACACCUAAAGGGUCAUGAAAGAGUUCACACUGGGGAAAAGCCUUACGAAUGUAAGCGGUGUGGCAAGUGUUUUAACCAAGCAGUAAACCUGAGGAGUCAUGAAAGAUUCCACACGCAGGAAGGGUCACCUAAAUUUUCCCAGAAAAACAAAUGCCUGUCCAAACGAUUGAAAUCCUGUAAACGGAAGAGAGCAGGAAGUGAAAACGUUGAUGUCAGGUUCACAGGCUUUACAGAGAACCAGCAGACACAGAGAGAAACCAGAAACAAUGGUGUAACAGAUGCACGAUCAGUCAUUAUUGAGAAACACAGCUGUUGGAUUUGUCAAGAGGAGAUGAAUAGUGAGGCUCUUCUUCUUCAACACUAUGAAAAUCAUAUGACCCAUGUUUGUGACGAUUAUUCUUAA